AUGGAGUUGGACCACCAGCGAGACAGGGAGCCCUGUCUCUCCCCGGCGGCGUUUGUUAACCAGGUGCAGUACUCCAACAUCCUGGAGGGGAGGUUCAAACAACUGCAAGGUAAGAGCUAACUAAUAGUCUGGCGCUGUGCUGCCCUGGCAGGGAGGCUGGAUUAACAAUGGAAUAAGAAUAGAAAAUAUCUUUAGAGCUUUUUGGCUCCUGAUGUAAUAUAUGUUAUGUUGGGCUGUUGCAGAAAGUCCAUCCAAUAUUCCCCAGUUCAGAGAUACUGAGAAGGAAGAAAUUAGUCCCCGAAAAGCUUUUUUUGAUUUAUUCCUGGUGUGCGUGGUCACCUCUGGCCCCACACAUUGUCUCCGUUUGUGCGGGCUGUGUUUCAGAGUGUAGCGCAGGGGUCUGUGUAGCUCCAGGCUCCUGUCCCAGGUCUGGCCUGUUCAGGGGAGUUAGAGACACUGACUGGCUGACCGACAGAUCAGCUCCAACUGAUCACCAGGCCACCUGGCCCUCCAUAUCCAAUUACAGGCCUUCGUCAGUGGCCUAAGCCAUGCGAGGUCCUGGGCACGGAAGUCACUGUUGCCAUAGUAAGGAAGAUAGUCAGACGAAUACAACCCAAUAGCUGGUUUCAAUUUUUCAUGGUAAAGGUUUUACAUCUUUACCCAGAAAUGAUUCAUUCCAUGGGGCAUCCCCUUAAGUAGAUCUGUUAUUCCCCUUUUUCAAUAGGGCCAUAAUAGGGUUGCGGUACUGUAGAAGACUAGCGGUAAGGAGCAGUGUAGGUAUGCAUUACUGUGUAUUUUCUUUGUUGAUUUUGUCUAUCUGGGUUGUGUGUGUGACCAGGUGUGCCUGGCUUCUUUUAGCUGCACACCUCCCUAGCAUCGGCCAUUAGCCAGGGUAAGAUUAGCAGAAGUGUUAUGCAGUCAGUCAAUGAAGUUAUCACUAAAGAGCACUAUGCUUCAUCAGUUUUCUCUGCCUCCUCGCUGUCUUAAAGAUUUAAGAAACGUUGUCUGGAAUAGAGCAUUUUCAAAGAGUUGACUUGUGGGGCAAGUCCACACACCCUACAUGUUUGAAAUUCUUUGUGCGUUCUAAUGAUAUUUCACCUCCUGGAUUGGGCAAUCUGUCCAGUGUCACAAAGGCAGACGGGCAGGGUUUCAGUUUAUUUUACUCCUUUAAAUCCCCCAGGGUGUCAUAACCUCCUUGACCUCCUCCCUCCACAGUUCAGUCCUGUGUGUCUGUCUGAGCUCACCCCCUCCCUUUUACCAGUCAGUAGGAUCUUUUGUCCAUGAUAAACCCCUCACUUGAGAUCCUAUCUGUUAGCUUCCCAUGUGUUCAAAGAAAGUAUUUUUUUUGUUGGUGUGUAUGUCUGUGACACACUCAUUACAUCUGCUGGUAGGGGCUGACGUACCCAAGCUAAGCUGUAGGUACAGGGGCUACACAAUGACUUGGAGAUAAAAUAGCUAUGUAGUUCAUGGUGGGGUUAUACUAUCUUACAUGUCCCUCCACUUGAAAAGAGAGAGCCUAAAUCCCACCAAUCAGUGUGAAGUUCAGAGUUAAGGAGUGGUAGCUCUGCACUUAGCAGGUACUCUUUUUCAGAUGGCUUGUGUAAAGUCUCAAAUCUGCCUUAGUCUGACCUUAUCAAUCAUCUAAUCUCAAAACAGAAGCUCCAUCUACUGAUGCCAGACGAGAUGUACACAUCACUCACAUACUGCUCACAUUCACUUCACUCACAUAUCCAAAGAUAUGAGAUGACAGCGUUUAAGUCAAGUGUUGACAAACAUUUAUUCUCUUAACAGAGUAGCCUACAGGAUAGGCCUAUAGCAAGGCUGAUCAGCCACCCCUGUCUUUCUGACAAGUUGAAUGAAUGGGUUUUCUGCCUUGUCCCGAUCCUUCCCACUCUGCCUCCCUAUCCCACCUCAGCAGUCCUGUCUGUGUGCGUGUGUUCCUGUCAUCGUCACCACCCACCCCCUGUAGAGACACACUUAGCCACCACACUAGUCAUUCCGGUCUGACUGCACUUCUUCUCUCUGCCUCUGUUCUUCUCUGACUGAGGACAGGAAACUGGCCUGUCUGCUGGGACCGCAGCAGUGUGAUAAGACCAUACUGAUAUAUUAUAGUGACACCUCUAAACAUACAGGUAUCGUAUGAGUAAGGCGUCACUGAAGUGAGGGGUUAGUAUGAUAAAUAAAUGGGACGUUUCCUCAUUCUUGCGGUGUCACCGUCCCUCAGGCUGUGUGUUUGGGUUUGAACAUGGUAAUCAGUAGGCCAUAGGUCACACAGGACAGGAAUGUUCUAACCAGUGAUAGCCUUCUCCUGAUUAGCCAUUCAUUUGAGACUUCUUUGUGGCACCCUCGCCGUUAGCCAAUGUAGCAGGGUACAUAUAAACACACACGUUUCUUUAUCUCAAAUUGCUAACGGAGCCUCCAACUGCUGUUUGGAGAUCAGUUACAUGUCUUGACCUUUUUUCCCAUUGGCAUAACAUACUCAACAUGGUAAAGAAUAAACCACCACCACUGGGUGAAUGUGUAACGGUGGCAGGUUGAAGGUACUGUUGCUGUGGGAUUGUUUAGGGCCCUAUGAAAUCAGCUUUGCAGAAGGAAUCACGGAAUCCUGACAUUAAAACGGAAUUCGAAAAUAUUCAAAAAUGUAGGAAAUCAACUAAAUGUAUUGAACUUAUUAGAAAAUUCAUUAAUUUGCCCAAGUUACUCAUAAGACAUGAACAAAAUGCAUCUGUGAUUCAUAUUUUCCUGCAGCUUUCUGAAACGGCACAGGAAUGCCCCUAUCUGUGUGUGUGUAGCCUCUGCUGGGUCCCCAACAACCAGAUGUUCUGGUUUUCAGGGGAACAUCUUAACUCCUUCUCCACAUUUACUGGAUUUAUUGAACAGUGCAGAGAGGAACCUCGCUCUACAGUUUUUUUUCUUUCUCGUCAAGACCAGUAUGUAGAGGAUGUAGUUUCAGUCAUUUAUUUUACACCUGCUACGUUAGGGUGUGUGUGUGUGUGUGUGUGUGUGUGUGUGUGUGUGCGCGAUGCAUGUGUAUCUGUACACUGUGUAACUGUUAGCGAUGAUGCUAAUGAUAACCUUCUUCUGGUAAAAACCUUCUUAAUGAAAUGUUAACAACAAAGUAGCCUAUGCUUACCUGGCAGAAUAAUGUCAUGAUUAUUUGCAUCAAUCCAGUGGCUAUUUGUUCUUGCAAACUCUGCAGUCACAUGAGCACUACAGAAACAUCGCUAACCAAACAACAGUCUCUUGUUGGUGCAAAUUUGCAUUAAAGUGUAACUACACUUCUAGACUUCUUCGAUUUUUCCCAGAUCUCAAAAGUGGUCUGCUGAUGUGGUUUAAGCAUUGUUGUGGACUUAGAACCUCAAAUGUUGUUGUUUUUCUAUACAAAAGGAGAAAACGGAAUCAGGUAAAAAAUGUACCUGAUUUUUAUAGGGCCCUAUUUGUUGUUGUUUCUUGGGGGAAUGCUGUCCCACUCACCACAGUACAGUACAAAUCAGGUUAACUGUUUGUUCAAAAUAACAAUUUACAUGGCAAACACUUCUUUACUUGGCAAACAAAAUCAUCCACUUCAAAGCCGUACUGUAACCAGCAGUAAGUCAGUUGUCAGAGCAGCUUACCGAUCACUGCACCUGUACACAGCCUACCCAACUACCUCAUCCCCAUAUUGUUAUUUAUUUGGCUCAUUUGCACCCCAGUAUCUCUAUUUGCACAUCAUCUUCUGCACAUCUAUCACUCCAGUGUUAAUACUAAAUUGUAAUUAUUUUGCACUAUGGCCUAUUUAUUGCCUUACCUCCAUAACUUACUACAUUUGCACACACUGUAUAUAGAUUUUCUAUUGUGUUAUUGACUGUACGUUUUGUUUAUUCCAUAUGUAACUCUGUGUUGUUGUUUUUAUCGCACUGCUUUGCUUUAUCUUGGCCAGGUCGCAGUUGUAAAUGAGAACUUGUUCUCAACUGGCUUACCUGGUUAAAGAAAGGUGAAAUAAAAAUAAAAUGAAUAAAAUAAAGUCAGCCAUUAGCUCUGUUCAACUGGAGAUGCCAGUCUGGUGAUCGAAUGGUUCAACACAAACACACAGGCUUAAUGAUACAAUCAAUCAUCACUGUCUAUCACAUGUUGCCAUGGUGAUAGGCAUGGUGAAAUUGGUUAGGUAGUGUGUUCGGGUGCAAAGGGUCACUAUCCCUUGUGCCAGUCACCUCUGCCUGCACUUCUGUCUGAGUAACACUGAUGUGAUGUGUGCUUUAGGAGGGAUAGCUCAAUAGCCAUUAGUAGAGUGACUAUUCAAGCAGAAGAAAAAUAACAUGAACACUCAACCAUUUUAGACACCAAGACACAUCUAUUGUUUUCGGGGGCUUAUCAAAAGAUAUAAUGUGACAGAUUUGGUACCAGACAGAGUUUUCAGAAUGAGAUCAACAACAGCACACGCUAAUAUAGGCAGGAGCUAGCCUACCUGAUUUUAAACACAAAUGAGCCACACGUCAGGCAGACGGUAUCGGAGCAUGAGGUCUGAUACCAACAGGCUCAGAGACUGUUUCUAUCUAUAAGCCAUCAGACUGCUGAACACUUGAACUGGACUGACCACCUGCUCUGAUUCACCACACACACACUCAUUCAUUCAUUCUACACACACAAAAACUGCUGCUACCAGACUCUUAUUAUUAUUGCUAAAUACUGUACAAUUUAACCACUUGCCCCUCAAUCCCCCUUCCUCAAAACAUGUGUAAAUAUUGGACUAUAAUUUGUGCCUUCCUGUAUUAUACUUAUGCAAAAAUGUUUCUUCUAUUCUACUGAGCCAUUUUAUGUUCAUAUUCGUAUCUUUUAUAAUUUCUUAUUGUUUCGUUGUCGAGAAGGAACCAGUAAAUAUGCAUUUCAUUGGACGUGUAUACCAUCCUUGAAAACCAUUGAUUAGGCUUAACCUCAUCUGCUCAGCUGUUGACCAGAUACGUGAAAUCAGAGUGUCAGUUUCUUAGACGGGUGAUAAGGGCCAUUCCAAUGGUCUUUGAGUGCAAUAUAAGAUAAUCAAUCAAUUUUAUUUUAUUUUAUAUAGCCCUUCUUACAUCAGCUAAUAUCUCGAAGUGCUGUACAGAAACCCAGCCUAAAACCCCAAACAGCUAGUAAUGCAGGUGUAGAAGCACGGUGGCUAGGAAAAACUCCCUAAUAAUAGCGGUAUGCUAGUUCCUGUAGGGUAGAAUGUAAUGGUUAACCCCCUAGAGUCUAAGCCCUGUCUAAAUCUGGUGUGGGGGGGGGGGGGGGGGGGGGGGGGGGGGGGGGGGGGGGGGGGGGGGGGGGUUUUAAGGUCAUACCAAGGAUCAUUUAGCUAUUUGAUUUGGAAUUUUAAGACCCCUUGAAGUAUAAAAAAAUAUAUAAAGAAAAAUUAUUUGAUGAAACAUUGAAUUUAGCUAUACUGCUAGUAGCCCAUACAAACGCAUUGAAAAAGUGAUUCACUACAUGGAUCAACAGUCCCCCCCCCCCCCCCCCCAAAAUAAUCUAAAAACAAUUCUGAAUAAGUAUCUGGCCUAUAUCUGAGAGAUAUAAGAAAGUUUACUUUCCUGAUCGAUCUUCAUUCAUUUUUUAAAACUGGUACCGGGGCACCUUCAGACAAGUCUUGUGAGGCUUGUGGGCAUCCUAGAGCAAAACAACCUGUACGUGUUUGUGAGAGUCAUCUUUCCAUAGAGGAGUCAUAAUAGUUUGUAGGCCAAACCGUUCGGAUGCUACAUACGUUUUCGCGAGAAGACCGAUUUUUGGGAUGUCUCAUGGUCUAACAAACACCGCUCUAGUGCUGCCUCCUUUCACCGGAGAUGCGGAAGUGCGAAAUCGGCGGAUGUAGUGGAUUGAGACUUAUCCAAUGCAAAAAAUCUAUAGCUUAAACUGACAGAUUGUUUUAUUAUGCUAAUUAAUGGCCACGGGGCCACGGAAAUCAACUCUAGGGGGUUAAACUGAUAGCAUGGUCCAGUAUGCAGAUUUGACUAAGUAAAAACAGCAGGCAAACCAAGGGUCACAGCACAGGGGCAGGUUUUUUUUAAUCUUCUUCAAUUCGGAUUGGCUUCCUUAGCAUAAUUGGAGUUGGUAGUAGGGGUUUAAUUGGGAUCCUUAACGUUAAGAAAAUCCCAAACCGUUGCUAGUGUGUUUGUUCUCAGAAGUACGGCAACUAAUCAGUCUCCUCCGUAGCAAAAAUACUGAAUCUUAGCGGAAUCUAAUCUUGAAAUAGAAGUGGGAGUUGACACGCAAGAAUCAAGGAAUCAAUUAACGGAAUCACGUAGAAUUUUCUAAAUGUUCUUAUUGUUUUAACGGAAAAACAAAAAAAAUAUGGUAUUUUAAAUGUUUUACAAAAUGGUCGAUUUGUCACAUCCCUAGUUGGUAGGGCAUAGAGUAGCCAUUGUGGCUUACUUUGUUCACAGACAACCUGUUGCACUGUAGUAGUGUAAUUCAAAUUUUGAUACAGAUCAAGUUGUUGUCACCCAAUAGUGAUUGUGCCCAUUUGGAGUGUUGGAGCCCUGUGGAGUAGGUGUAAGACUUGGUCCAGUCUUCCUUCCUCAGGUCAUUGACACGCUUGGGAUCCAUUUCCUCAGCAUUUUGUUCCUUUACUUUAUUUAAGAAGUGAAUAGACACGUGAGGAGAUCCAUUUCCCAUUUUUCGGUCACAUUACCGGUGUAGUAACAGGCUCUAUAGUAGGCCUAACUCUCGAUUACUAAACCUUCUAGUCCUAGAGGCUUCCAGCUUAGACUCACAUUUCCAAGGUUGGGAUUUACCCUACACACACAUAUGAUACCUUAACAAGGACGCUUUUGUUGACAAUUUGUAUUUUUAUUUACAGUUCCUACUUGGGAAAGUAGCAGAAGAGUACAGUUUUGGGGUCUUGAGGGAUAUUAGCUGCUGCCUGCCUGUUGAUGCCCAUUCUGUGUCCAGAUGUUAUGACUGAGGGGUGUCUGCUCAGCCUCCAUCCCCUCUUUUCCCCGGAGCAGCUGCACAUGGCAGAGAGCGAGAGAGGCCUUGACCUGGGCAGGGUCCAUACCUCCACCUUCCACAGUCAGCGAGAGGCAGGCUUAGAGACCCAUCCAUAUGUUACCGGGUUACCCACUGAUAGAAGUCAAAAGUUUUCUCUUUUACUCUAAAUGGCCCUUUCUGUUUCUCUCUUUCAGUGUAUUUAUUGGUGUUUACAUGGAUAGAGCUGGCACCAGAUCAGGCGACACACUCCAUUUGUUUUUAUGCCUGUGUCCACAAGCUGUAAAGAAUACAAAAUAACCGGCGUCACACGUGGCUAGUCUGUGGUGGAGCAGCACUGAGGGCUGGGUCACAUCUCAGCCCUACUCUCUGAAGUCUUCAGCUGUUUGGGCGGUGAUGUUAUUGUAGAGGAAAGGAAGUGUGCAUGUUUGUGUCCUGUGUUUGUCCUUCAGCUCGCUAUCCUUCUGCAGACAUCUUUUAGUCUGCUGUCAUGUCAGGAGCAGUCCUUGCCCUAGUAGGAUAAAUAUGACAGCAGCCAUCUUGCUGUGCUGUCCUUGGCUAACCCACAGAGGACAGGUGAGCUGUGGCUAACAAAGAUGUAGCACUGUACUGACGGGCUACUAUAAAUGGUUGCUGAAGAAACAUGCCAUCUGUUGAAUUGAUCCCCUGUACCAAUUCAAUGGCUUUUGGAUUUGUUACAACCAAUGCCAUGGCCACAUCGGUCUUGCUCAGAGACUCUAUGUUUUGGUGUCGCCUGUGUGGAAGCUGUGUGUUUCCCUCUGGAGCUGUGGGUAGUGGUGGCUGUGGGUAGUGGUGUGUGUGGUCUAACCUGCAUUUGCUCUGACGUCUUUGUGGGAUGCAAAUUUCAGUCAAUUUUGCUGCCGACUAACCAAAUCACAUUAACCGGUCAACAAACAGUAAAAUGACGUGAACAACAGAAAAUACUAUAUGCAUGCAUGCAUAUAAUGAACUGACAUUUUUCAUUAAAAGCUUAAUGAAAACAUUCAACAAUAGCAAGCCUAUCUUCUUACAGUCAAACUGCUAUAGCCUAUUAUUGAACAUGCAACUGCUGUGAUGAAGCAGCUAAUAAAACAUCAUUUUCAAAUGGGUAGUGGCCGGUUUUAGCGGCCCUCUUUGCAGCAGACGGCAUUUUGCAGUUUUAAAGCUAAUUUUCUGCAAUUUUGCUAUGGGUCAGAGAGAACAUUGUACAGUUUUUUAAAGGGUAACUCUCAAUCCCAAUGUUAUUCUUAACUGGUUAUGCCAGGGGUGUCAAACUCAUUUUAGCUCAGGGGCCACAUGGAGGAAAAUCUAUUCCCAAGUGGGCCGGACCGGAAAAAUCAUGGUGUGUAUAUAUAACGUAAAAACAACAACUUCAGAUUGUUUUCUUUGUUUUAAUACGAUCAACAUACAACAUAAAGCUGGAGCCUGAGGACAGUGUGUCCAAAAUAGUACAAGCACAACAUCACUAUUAAUCAUAAAACACGUCAAGUUUAUUUGAAAAUUCUAAAGAAAAAGAACACACAAACACACAAUGCCUCAGUGAUUUAACAGAACUGUUUCACAGAUCACAGAACUAUAUCAGGGUGUCAUUUCUCAGGCAGAAAUGUAGAUAAAAAUAAUGAAAUCCUGUUCCCCAAACAAGUGCAAGAACCACAGUCAAGAAUAGGUUAAAUAUACAAAUAAAAUCAAUUAAAAACAAUAGCACAUCAACAUAAAAACAUAUAAACAUAAAUCUGAAAGCGUUGCUCAAACUCCCGUAACAGUCCCGUUAUUUUAUCUUUGAACCGCUUCAUGUCUGCCACAUGUUGGGUCGCGCACACAUUUUUCAGACAGGGGAAGUGAGCUGCAUCACCACCGGCAAGUUGCGUCUCCCACAAUGACAGCUUCAACUUGAAAGAACGUAUGCUGUCAUAAUACUGCGUGACAACUUUGUUGCGCCCUUGCAGCUGUUUGUUCAAGUUAUUCAGGUGCUUUGUAACAUCCACCAUAAAUGCAAGGUCCUGCAUCCAUUCUGCGGAAUGAAAUUCUAACACUGGUUUGCCCUUUUAUUCCAUGAACUGUUCAAUUUCUUCUCGUAAAUCAAAGAAACGCCUCAGCACAGCACCUCGGCUUAACCAUCUUACCUCAGUGUGGUAUGGCAGGCCAUAGAUGUGGUCUUUCUCUCUGAGAAGGCUGUCAAACUGACGGUGAUUCAGGCUUCUGGAUCGGAUGAAAUUAACAGUUUGGAUGACCACCUUCAUGACGUUAUCCAUCUUUAAUGACUUGCAACACAAAGCCUCCUGGUGCAAAAUACAGUGAAAAGUCAAAAAAUCACGUCCUCCAUUUGCAGAUUGCACUUUCUCUCUGAACUUUGUCACAACGCCUGCUUUUUUCCCGAUCAUUGAGGGCGCACCAUCUGUAGCCAGGCUGACAGCGCGGGACCAGUCCACUCCGACCCUGUCCAGCGCGCCGACGAGUGCGGUAAAAAUAUCAGCUGCUGUCGUUGUAUCUGUCAUCGGCACCAACUCCACGAACUCCUCGGUGACGGUCAAUGUGUCAUCAACUUCGCGGAUGAAAAUGGCCAGUUGUGCAACAUCUGUAAUGUCCGUGCUUUCAUCAAUUGCAACCGAAAACGCAAAAAAUGACUUUACUUUUUGCUUCAACUGGCUGUCCAAAUCCACUGAAAGAUCGGAAAUUCCUGUCUGCAACUGUGUUUCUUGUCAGGCUGAUAUUUGCAAAAGCCUGCCGCUUUUCAGGGCACACAAUCUCCGCUGCCUUCAUCAUGCAUGUUUUUACAAAUUCACCCUCACUAAAUGGUUUUGAAGCCACUGCGAUUUCAUUAGCAAUGAGGUAGCUAGCUUUCACUGCAGCGUCACUGAUGUCUCGGCUGUGAGUAAACACAGACUGCUGUUUCUUCAGACCCACCAACAGUUCAUUCACCUUCUCUCAUCUCCGCUGUCCUUGAAAGUUGUCAUAUUUGUCGGCAUGAAGACUCACAUAGUGGCGACGAAGGUUAUAUUCUUUCAGCAUAAAUUGGAUGACAAUUUUUCUUGGAACACUCUGCACUCUGCGUCCACUUUUCUCUUUUUUGACAGAGACAUAUUGGGGCAAUGAGGGUGCCAAAGCACAUAAUGUUAAAAGUAGAAGCCGUAAUAAAUAUCGCGGGCAAAACAAAGUAGCUCAUUGGCUGCACGUGCUUGACCUACUUGCUCUGCCCCGGUAUAAACAGUUUGCUUGCUUAACACAAUUGCUAUUGCGCCAUCCAGUGGACGCAAUUGGAACAGCAGUUUAUUUUAUUGAAAAAUUGCAGCACAUUUUUAUACUUUACAAAAUUAUUAUUAUUAUUAUUAUUUUUUUUCAAAAUCAUCUUGCGGGCCGGAUUAAACCCGUUUGCGGGCCUGAUCCGGCCCGCGGGCCGGACGUUUGACACCCCUGGGUUAUGCGAACCAAACCGUUGCUCAACCUAACUUUGCAUUUUCAAACGUGUUUCCACUUCACAGCCUUUCUUUUUUUGUGUAACAUUCCAUGUUUUUAUAGGUGUAGAAUUAAAAUACUUUCCAAUGACAAAAUAUUAUUAUGAUGGUUACAUCUGUUAGAUAAGGAAGUGAGAGAUACUAGACACCUGUGUGUUGGUGUCAUCAUGCAUGACGAAUUUCUAUAAACGUUCAGGUCAAAAAUUGUCACCCUUGACAAAGAUGAGCAAAACAUUUAAAUAACGCUCUUUGGCGUCGACAUAAGGAUGCAUAAGCAGAAAAUAACCCCAUACGUAAAAUAUGGUGGUGGAUCUUUGAUGUUAUGAGGCAAUUUUGGUCAAUGGCAUCAUGAACUUUACCUAGUACCAGGACAUUUUAGGCGAAAACCAGGUUGCCUCUGCCAGGAGGCUGGAACUUGGCCACAAGUGGAUCUUCCAGCAAGACAAUAACCCCAAUCACAAAUCAAAAUCCACAAAGAAAUGGUUAAUUGACCACAAAAUCAACAUUUUUCAAUGGCCAUCUCUGUCUCCGGACUUGAACCCCAUUUGAAAACCUGUGGUUUGAAUUGAAGUGUGCAGCCUACUGUAUAUGCGCUAGGGCUGUGCCGAGUAGUCGGCCAAACGAGUAUCGUUUUGAUUAGUAGUUUUUUGUUUAUCGUGAUAAAAAAUUAAAUAAUAAUCAGGUGCCAGCGCGCAUCUUUCAAUCAAGUGCGAGGUGCUACGUGUUCAAAGUAACUCAACUGGCUAGUUUGCCUGUGUGUAUAGAGAAGGGUGGGCUGUACGUUGACCCUGCUGAUCUGAUUGGAUAGAGCAAAGCUGUAUUUCUCCGUCCACUCGCUUUGCUUCAUUCACCCGAUCACUUAUCCUUGCAUGUUUUCGGUCGGAUCAUUUAGAUUGCUGCUGGCUCCAGUUAGCCUGCUACUAUGAUAAAUAAAAUGCUGAGGACGUUUGCUACGAGGUAUCAAUGUGCAUAGCAUUUAACACGCGGGCCGAGUGUAGGGUAAAUAAUAUGAAUUGCUGAUGCGCAUUCUGACUCAGUGACAGCAAACUUGUCUGCCAGCUGCAAGUUGAUGACACGGUCUCUCUCACACACACACACACACACACACACACACACACACUUUGCGCGCUGCUCCUAAUCUGCAGCUUUUUUGGUCUAUGAACGUGCAGUAUUUUGCCAACAUCUAGCCUACUUAGGAUAGAAUAUAAGUAGGGCCAGGUAGGCACACCCCUAAUAUGCGCAGAUUAAGGAUAUCAAGGAUCCUUCUGUUUGGAAGAAUAGUCUAACUCAAGAUCCCUCCAAAUGUAUUCUCAGGGGUUAAAGACCUCGGAUUUCUGUCAUAUUAAUUCUGGAGAGGUCGUUGUUGAGAUCAGUAGAGGGGGCGGGCUGGUUUGGAGAUACAGACAGAAGCAUGUCUGUUCUAUGAAAUACAGAGUGUACAAAACAUUAAGAACACCUUCCUAAUAGGGCGGCAAGUAGCCUAGCAGUUAGAGCAUUGGGUCAGUAACAAAGGUUGCAGGUUCGAAUACCUGAGUCGACAAGGCUCUGUCGAUGUGCCCUUGAGCAAGGCGCUUAACCCUAAUUUCCUACUACGGCUCACCCUGUAAAAUAACACAUUUCACUGCACCUAACUGUGACAAUAAAAAUAUAUAUUUUGCCCUCGGAACAGCCUGAAUUCGUCAGGCAUGGACUCUACAAGGUGUCGAAAGCAUUCCACAGGGAUGCUGGCCCAUGUUGACUCCAAUGCUUCCCACAGUUGUGUCAAGUUGGCUGGAUGUCCUUUGGGUGGUGGACCAUUCUUGAUACACACAGGGAACUGUUGAGUGUGAAAAACCCAGCAGCGUUUCAGUUCUUGACACAAACCGGUGCGCCUGGCACCUACUACCAUACCCUGUUCAAAGGCACUUACAUUUUUUGUCUUUCCCAUUCACCCUCUGAAUGGCAAACAUACACAAUCCAUGUCUCAAUUGUCUCAAGGCUUAAAAAUCCUUAUUGAACCCAUCUCCUCCCCUUCAUCUACACUGAUUUGAAGUGGAUUUAACAAGUGACAUCAAUAAGGGAUCAUACUGUAGCGUUCACCUGGUCGGUCUGACAUGGAAAUUGCAGGUGUUACCUAUUUACCCAGUCGGCUUGUUGUUGUGUGUUCUAUGCCAGAUAAAAAAAAACAUGCUUCAGGCUAUGUACAGUCGGGAGAACAAGUAUUUGAUACACUGCCGAUUUUGCUGGUUUUCCUACUUACAAAGCAUGUAGAGGUCUAAUUUUUUAUCAUAGGUACACUUCAACUGUGAGAGACGGAAUCUAAAACAAAAAUCCAGAACAUCACAUUGUAUGAUUUUUAAGUAAUUAAUUUGCAUUUUAUUGCAUGGCAUAAGUAUUUGAUCACCUACCAACCAGUAAGAAUUCCUGCUCUCACAGACCUGUUAGUUUUUCUUUAAGAAGCCCUCCUCUUCUCCACUCAUUACCUGUAUUAACUGCACCUGUUUGAACUCAUUACCUGUAUAAAAGACACCUGUCCACACACUCAAACAGACUCCAACCAUCAAAUACUUGUUCUCCCCACUGUACAUUUAAAUGGACACUUUGCUUCAUCAGUUGGGCUACAGGUGAUAAUGGUUAUUGCUAAUAGCACAUCUGAUAAUAUAGACCAUGCAUAGGCUAUAUGCAUGGUCCAAUAUGUUAAAAUUAUUGUACAUCAUUUUGACCAAUAUGUUAUUGGGCCCAUUUCUGGAGCUGGAAAUUAUAUUUUCGAUGGUGUCAACAUCAUUUUAUUUAAAUUAAUUUGGGAGUAGAAUGUCCUUUUAAAAAGUCACCAGAACUGAGAUUCUCAGCCCUUUACAUAAACUUUUUCCCAGGGAGGACCCCGGACCCCCUAAGCAAGGGGACUGGAGUUUGUCAAAUUCGUAGUUUAAUACAUGUACAAAAUGAUUCUCUUUUCCUAAAAGCAUUAUGGUCAUGACUUUCUUACAUUAGACAAGUUUCAGUCAUGGGAUUUUUGUUGUUGUUGCUUUAACCCCUGUGUUCUCCAGUCUCCAUAAAAUAUUUUAGAAAAGGGCUCAGUGCCUUUAUCCUCGCAGGUGCGGUAUUGAAAACAGGGGUGGCAAUAAUUUUGACCCGUAUCUUUUUGAGAGAAAAAAAGAUGACUUGUUAAACAAAAUCAUUAUCUCAGCAGUUGUAUUAGUAUAAAAUAAUUUAUACCAUUGCAUUGUUGAAUACUUGUUUCUGAUUGGCUUGAAGGGCAUUCUAGCGCGUGCAUCAUUUCCUUUCAUACCACAGCAUUGUUGAAUACUCGUUUCUGAUUGGCUAGAAGGGCAUUCUAGAAAGGACAAUAAAACCAGAUAACGGGACAGUUGGAAAAGAUAUUGGGACACCUUGUAAUCAUGAUGUAAUAUGCGCCUGCACAUGCAGACGGUACUUGCUACAAAGUUACUGAAAGCUAAACCAACAACCACACAAACUGAAAUUGGUUACAUUGUAAACACUGGUCCAAUGAGGAAAAACGUAGCUAGCUGGCAUUGAUUUGUUUUUGCAGACAUAUUUUUUGGGAGCAUCUGAUAACCUAAUAUCGUGAGGGAUGGACAUUAAUUUCUCCGGGCCCUGUGUUGCAGUAAUGACGCAAGUGGUGCAAUGCUGUCAAAUCCUCCCACAUAUUUCUAGUUUGACCAGCUGUUUUAAGCAACUGGUAUUUUUGAAUUAAUUUGCCAUACUGGCAGGUAUGCUAGCAACAAACUAUUUAGCUAGGUUCUAGCCUAGCGUUUGAAAUGCAAUGUGAUCUCCUUGUAAUGAACAGUAUCGAGUGUCCUGACGAGGUAAAACUUUUCUAUCUAUGCCAGGCAAAAUUGGGCAUCAUCAGCUCAUUGUUAUGGAUGUAUCCAAAUGAAUGUCAAUAGAAAACAGCCUGAACAAAUGCAAAUGCAGCUACUUUGCUGUUAUUAUGGCUGUUUGCCGUAGCUAGUUGGCUAGCUAGCAAGGAAGUGACAAGAACGUUGCCAGCGAGCAUGGCAACGGAACAUAUAGAACGUACAUAUAGUCUCUAGGAAUCAAAAGAUGAGAAAGCGUGAAUUCUCUCAUAAAAAUGAAAAUAUCAAAAACGUUUUAUUUCUACCAGUAAAUGUGUGCUUUAGUAUUGUUUUCUUUGGCAACUGUGGUAUAAGCGGGGUAAACGCCUCCGUUCUGUACAUUACCUUGCCUUCGGCAUCCAUUAUUACCAAGGUAAUCUACAAAACGUCUGCGUGUAUCCCUUACUUAUACCAUAGCAUUGUUGAAUACUCGUUUCUGAUUGGCUUGAAGGGCAUUCUAGAGCAUGCAUUAUUUCCGUAUAACACACAGUAUAUUUGCAUGGUAGAAUUCAAUGGCUAUAGUUCAUUCUUACAUGUUCUAUGUUUGCGCUGCUUUUGAAAGCAAAAGUCGAAUUGAAAACAUUAUUGGCAUUGUUGAAUUCGAUUUUCAUAAUAGCAAGUUAGGAUUGAUGGUUUAGUUGUUUGGUUACCAAGGCAACUACUGUCACUAUCUAGUAUAAACUUGCUAGCUACUUCAGUGGACGUUGAGCAAAUUUCUAGCGGCAAAUGAACACAUUUCUAGUGGCAAUGUGUUUAAGUUAUAGCCAUGGUAUAAAAGGGAUAGUCAACUUGUGGCUAUGUGUUCUCUGGAAAAUAAUGCAACUCUGUGGAAGGUCAGUUCCACUCUGCUAGCUCAUCUUGGAACACACCUUCCACAUCAUUCAUUAUUUUCCAUAGAACGCGUAGCCUCUUGUUGAUUAUCCCUUACUUAUUUUAGAAGUUUUUGCUAAUCUUUAUCAAGGUUGUCAAUAAUUUUGGACCUGACUGUAUAUGUCUGUUUUAUGUUUGACCAUAUCUUCUGGCGUUUGCUUCCUGCGUGUGCAUGUGGGAGGGUGGGUGGGUGCUAAUGAGUACCCUGGCUGUAGCCUCUAAUCACAGGCUGUAUUGUAGCUGCUUGAGGGAGCUGGCUGAGAAAUUGAUCCUUAAGCCCAGUUCAGCGUUCAAUUACAGAGCUGAAGGCGCAGCGUCUGACUGCACUAAUAAUGGCCUUCUGAUGAGGGGAUUAUUCACCCACACAUACUCACAUGCAGCGCAGGCAUACACACUUAUAAACAAACCAACAAAUCAAAUCAAAUUGUAUUUGUCACAUGUGCCGAAUACAACAGGUGUAGACCUCCUGGCCCAAUAAAAACUCAUCCAACAGUAGGUAUUCAUCACGUUUAUGCUCCGCCUACAUUACACUGUUAUCCAGAGCAGAUUACAAGUCAAGGUACAUUUUCAUUCUGAGUUGAACAUCCGCAUGAAAACAGAAUAACAAGCAAACGCAUCAAAAAGUAAAUGUCGCUACACCAAACAGCAUUACAAUAAACAGAAUUGAAAAGCACUCACUACAAUUCAAAUAAAUGGCACCAGAAUAAAGCCUCUAGCAAACCGAUGUCUUCAGUGUAACAUUAUGUUGUGGUCUUAUCUGUCUACAUAAAUAAUAGACAGAUUCUUUCUCUCUAGGUACUAGAGCUACAUUUAUAAGUCAGGCUCAGAGAGGGCUGUCAGGUGGUGAGGGCCUUUGUAGUGCCCUUGGGGAGGAUUCCCAUAAUAAUCCUGUAUCAGUGGGGAGUGUGUUACAAAAGGCUGUAAAGGCAGACUGACUGAUUGAUGCUGAUAGUUUCCUCAUUCUUUCUCAGGACGAGGUGACUGGAGGUGCUGGUGCUGGUUACACAAGCAGGCAGCCCAGUGGUGGUGAUACGAGGGAGGGCAGACUUUAUGGGGUCAGGGGUAGGGCUGUGGCGGUCACGAAAUUUCGUCAGCCAGUGAUUGUCAAGCAAAUAACUGUCGGUCUCACGGUAAUUGACCGUUAAUUAACAUAAACACAUUUAGCAUCUCCUGGCUUCCACACAUAGCUUACAAGCCACUGAUGCAGACCUUUGGAACAUUUACAUUUAAAAAAAAGUCAAAUAAAUCCAUGUAAUAUAGCCUACACCUUCACAAUAAAUCCUUUAUUUAUUUUAGACCGGUCUAAAGAAGCAUGAUGAACAGCAAAAGCACUAGCCUAUGUCAAUCUACUAUCCCCCAUAGUACAAAAGUCGACCUAUUCUGUGCGAGGAAAUAAAUAUUCCAAACAUAGUCUGGGACAGUUGUGGGAUGCGAUAGAUCCCAAAUGAAUACAACCACUAGCAUCAAAAAAUCACAUUGUAUGAUUUUUAAGUAAUUAAUUUGCAUUUUAUUGCAUGACAUAAGUAUUUGAUACAUCAGAAAAGCAGAACUUAAUAUUUGGUACAGAAACCUUUGUUUGCAAUUACAGAGAUCAUAUGUUUCCUGUAGGUCUUGACCAGGUUUGCACACACUGCAGCAGGGAUUUUGGCCCACUCCUCCAUACAGACCUUCUCCAGAUCCUUCAGGUUUCGGGGCUGUCGCUGGGCAAUACGGACUUUCAGCUCCCUCCAAAGAUUUUCUAUUGCAUUCAGGUCUGGAGACUGGCUAGGCCACUCCAGGACCUUGAGAUGCUUCUUACGGAGCCACUCCUUAGUUGCCCUGGCUGUGUGUUUCGGGUCGUUGUCAUGCUGGAAGACCCAGCCACGACCCAUCUUCAAUGCUCUUACUGAGGGAAGGAGGUUGUUGGCCAAGAUCUCGCGAUACAUGGCCCCAUCCAUCCUCCCCUCAAUACGGUGCAGUCGUCCUGUCCCCUUUGCAGAAAAGCAUCCCCAAAGAAUGAUGUUUCCACCUCCAUGCUUCACGGUUGGGAUGGUGUUCUUGGGGUUGUACUCAUCCUUCUUCUUCCUCCAAACACGGCGAGUGGAGUUUAGACCAAAAAGCUCUAUUUUUGUCUCAUCAGACCACAUGACCUUCUCCCAUUCCUCCUCUGGAUCAUCCAGAUGGUCAUUGGCAAACUUCAGACGGGCCUGGACAUGCGCUGGCUUGAGCAGGGGGACCUUGCGUGCGCUGCAGGAUUUUAAUCCAUGACGGCGUUGUGUGUUACUAAUGGUUUUCUUUGAGAAUGUGGUCCCAGCUCUCUUCAGGUCAUUGACCAGGUCCUGCCGUGUAGUUCUGGGCUGAUCCCUCACCUUCCUCAUGAUCAUUGAUGCCCCACGAGGUGAGAUCUUGCAUGGAGCCCCAGACCGAGGGUGAUUGACCGUCAUCUUGAACUUCUUCCAUUUUCUAAUAAUUGCGCCAACAGUUGUUGCCUUCUCACCAAAAUGCUUGCCUAUUGUCCUGUAGCCCAUCCCAGCCUUGUGCAGGUCUACAAUUUUAUCCCUGAUGUCCUUACACAGCUCUCUGGUCUUGGCCAUUGUGGAGAGGUUGGAGUCUGUUUGAUUGAGUGUGUGGACAGGUGUCUUUUAUACAGGUAACGAGUUCAAACAGGUGCAGUUAAUACAGGUAAUGAGUGGAGAAGAGGAGGGCUUCUUAAAGAAAAACUAACAGGUCUGUGAGAGCCGGAAUUCUUACUGGUUGGUAGGUGAUCAAAUACUUAUGUCAUGCAAUAAAAUGCAAAUUAAUUACUUAAAAAUCAUACAAUGUGAUUUUCUGGAUUUUUGUUUUAGAUUCCGUCUCUCACAGUUGAAGUGUACCUAUGAUAACAAUUACAGACCUCUACAUGCUUUGUAAGUAGGAAAACCUGCAAAAUCGGCAGUGUAUCAAAUACUUGUUCUCCCCACUGUAUAUGUAAAAAUCACCUCUUCCUUCCAGGAAAACUGGAUUCAGCUUUCAGGUUGUGGCAGAGGAAUGGCCUUACUAAGUUUAAUGACCUUUAUAUUGAUGGCACCUUUGCCAAUUUCGAAAGACCUCGCUAUCAAAUUUAAUCUACCCUAUUCAAGUUUAUUUAGGUAUUUCCAAAUCUGCCAGUUUAUUCGCACUCAAAGCUCAACCAUUCCAAUUCUAUCACCCAUAUCGGGUCUGGAUGCCCUUUUGAAAACACCAUUUCAACAUAAGGGACUCAUAUCCUGUAUUUCUGAGAUAAUCAUGUCCCUUGAUAACCCGUCACUCAAUAAAAUUAGAUCUGAGUGGGAACGGGAACUUGGUGGAGAGAUCUCUGAUGAAGUCUGGAAUGGCACCUUACUUAGGGUAAAUGGAAGCUCCUCUUGUGCCCGGCUCAGCCUUAUCAAGUUUAAGGUACUUCACCGUAUCCAUUUCAGUAAGGCCAGAUUGUCCAACUUCUACCCAAAUAUUGAUGGUACAUGUGACAGGUGUAAAGGCUCCUUGGGGGACUUGACCCACAUGUUCUGGUCCUGUCCCCGUCUGGCAGAUUAUUGGUCCACUAUAUUUAAAACCCUUUCUGAAGCAUUUGAUAUAAAGUUGCAGCCUAGUGCAGAAAUUGCUAUUUUUGGAGUACCAAACAACAAUCCUUCUCUGACCAAUGGACAGCUGGAUGCCAUUGCCUUUGUCUCCCUGUUAGCCCGCAGAAUUAUUUUAUUGGAUUGGAAAUCUAUCAAUCCUCAGCCUCUCUUUGGCUCAAAGAUCUGAUGCUGUUCCUAAAAUUAGAAAAAAUUAAGUAUACCAUUCGAGGGUCAACCAACUCAUUAUAUUCCACCUGGGACCUGAUGAUAUCCUAUUUUGAACAGCUCCAAACACUUCCUCCAGAUUAGUACUCUUGGCCCCACCCCGCCCCUUGAGAUUACCACUAUAGGCCUAUAAAAUCACCUAAUCACCUGAAAUUGUUAGGCUAUUACAUUUUUGCUUAUAUUGAAGUAACAUUUGUUGUAUACUUUUGUUUUGUUUUCUGACAUGUAACUCAAUUACUUUUCCUUUCUUUUUAAAUGUGUUUGGAGGCAUUCUGGGGGGGAGGUCAAAGGGCGACCAAAAAGGGGAAAAAAUGUACAAUGUCUUUAAAUGUUAUCUUUCAUUCAUUGUGAAUAAAAAUAUUAUAUAAAAAAAGAAAGAAAAAAAAAAGAACACAGAACAAGACGACUAGGUAAAUUAGGGUUGACCACAUUUAGUCGACUGGUCGAUUUGUUUGGUCGAUAGGCUGUUGGUCGACCGAGAUUUCUUUAGUUGAGCAGUCGUAUUUAUAAAAAAUUAAUUCAUGGUGCACAAAGACACCUGCCUGAUUCGCGCCUGUCUCAGUGGACUAAUCCAUUGCGGAGUCCACGGGGAUGGCACAGUCCAUCACUAAGACGUGAUACUGAAAUUGUAAAUGGUUAUAUUAUGUAAAAAUAAUGAUGCAACACUAAUAAAUCUAAUAUUAUUUUAUAAAAAAUUGCGCUUUCUCCCGCAUUGGAUACGGUCGAUGUCCACGGUUCUAAAACAUAAUCUUCAGUGUGCCGUAGAAUUGGCGCCUUUCCUUAUGUUGCUAUGUGCAUAAUAGGAACGUAAACCAGCAUAUUGGGAUUGAGAACAAUGCGGCGGAGGCAGCAGCAGAGAUGAGGAAACAGCCCUUGCCUUAGUCUAAUUAUCUAAGAGAAUUGCGGAGAGAGGAACCCCAACUUAAUUAGGUCUAAUCGAUAGCCUAACUGUUAAAUGUGCCUGGCUUUAUAAAUCAUUCAUAUAUAUCUACAGAAAUAUGACAGAUCUUGCUUCUGUUGCCUGUUUGAGUGUUUGUUUAAUAGUGUCUAGAGAUCUAUUGCACUACCUUAGUAAUCCUACGUCUCCCUCAGGCCAAAGCCCAUUCUGUGUCCUGUCCUCAAGUCAGCCCUGUGGGAGCCAUGGAGUGGUGAGAGGUGCCAGGCUUGGAGCAACACAUCAGUCAGCAGAGCUACCUGGCACAGGACUGUACCACUAUAUGUUCUACUGCACCUGCCACUGCAUGACAGACAGACUGGAGAGACUAGAACUGAUAAGCCAUGAUAUGGAUCAGACUGUAGAAUACAGGAGGAUACAGUAGGAAGGGACAAAGGUGGACAUGUUCAAUUCGAGGCACAAGGGAAAUAAACACGUCAAUCAUCUCUCUCUGUCUCUGGUAGACAUGAUGUAAUCAUCAGUACUGGCACAGGGCUAAAGGACUGUUCUGACAUUAUUGUGUUGGGCCACAGAGAGCGUGUUGUGUAUACAGUGCCUCAAGUUUGCUGUCAAUAUGGUGUGAAGGGCAUGGAACUUUUCUCUGAAAUGAUAUACCGUAUCAGUGCAGUCAAGGAUCAUGAGGUUUUCAAGUGGACCCACUUCCUCAACAAGCCAUCAUAGGACCUGAUGCCCUCAUCUAUAACCGUCCACUUUUCUUGUCACGGCUUGUCAUUAUUUCCCGCUUCCACCAUUGUUCUGACAGUAGAUGGCUAAACUGUAUGUUAUGUAGGCCACAUGUUACAAUGCAGUCUACUGUAGCUACCUGCCAGGAAGGUUCACUAUCUGCCCAUCUGAGAGAUAGUGCUCAGCCUGCAUGGGCCUCACAGACACAGGAUUAGCAAUGGCUGCAUUUCUGGCUGGAUUACCUUCAGAUCACUGUUUUUAUCAGUGUUUCAGCACAGAUGCCAUCGGGUGUUGUUGGGGUUAAAUUGGAGGGUAGCAGGUUGGACUCAAGCAUUUUGUUUUUGUAUGACAAGAUGGUGCCGACAGACAAGAUCGCCCUGUUUUUAUCUCUUAGACAACUUUGCAGCACACUGAGUUUACCAAACAUUAGGAGCACCUUCCUGUCAUACAAAUGUAAAGUGUUGGUCCCAUGUUUCAUGAGCUGAAAUAAAAGAACACAGAAAUGUUCCAUACAAACAAAAAAUUUGUGCAAAAAUUUGUUUACAUCCCUGUUAGUCAGCAUUUCUCCUUUGCCAAGAUAAUCUAUCCACCUGACAGGUGUGGCAUAUCAAGAAGCUGAUUAAACAGCAUGAUCAUUAUACAGAUGCUGGGGACAAUGCAGUUUUGUCACACAACACAAUGCCACAGAUGUCUCAAGUUUUGAGAGAGCGUGCAAUUGCCAUGCUGACUGCAGCGACCAGAGCUGUUGUCAGAGAAUUUGUUAAUUCCUCUACCUUAAGCCGCCUCCAACAUCGUUUUAGAUAAUUUGGCAGUAUGUCCAACCGGCCUCACAACCACGUGUAACCACACCAGCCCAGGACCUCCACAUCCGGCUUCUUCACCUGCGGGGUUGGGUCUGAGACCAGUCACCUGGACAGCUGAUGAAGCUGAGUGGGUUUGUAUAACUGAAGAAUUUCUGCACAAACUGUCUCAGGGAAACUCCUCUGCAUUCUUGUCAUCCUCACCAGGGUCUUGACCUGACCGCAGUUCCACUUCAGUGGGCAAAUGCUCACCUUCGAUGGCCACUGGCACGCUGGAGAAGUGUGCUCUUCACGGAUGAAUCCUGGUUUCAACUGUACUGGGUAGAUUGCAGACAGCGUGUAUGGCGUCGUGUGGGUGCGCGGUUUGCUGAUGUCAAUGUUGUGAACAGAGUGCCCCAUGGUGGCGUUGGGGUUCUGGUAUGGGCAGGCAUAAUCUACGGACAACGAACACAAUUUUGUGUAUCCUUCUGACCGGGCCUGCUAUUAGAAGUGGGGCAGGGAAGGGUUGAGCCUGGUUUCUGUUAGCACCCUGUUACCACCACCUCCUCCUCCUUAGGGCUGGGUGCUGUCACAACACGACCGGCAUCAGGAGGAAUGUGCACCCCCUACCCCCCUCCACCCUCCCUCCCCAGCAUUGUAAUCCACCUCAGGUGGUUCAUUGACCAGGCUCCCUCUGCAGCUCCCCAGCUUACCUCUGGAAAGGUAACCGCACGCUCAGCUCUGAAGGAAACCCACACGCUAUGUCUGGCACUUGUUGUGUGCGAGAGAUAAAGGAGCGAGAGUGAAGAGGCUAUUAUUACCUGUUUGUUUUUGGGAGUGCCAGGGCAGGUAUGAUGCCCAGAGGGGGGGGGGGGGUGUGACAUGGCAGAUGUUCUCACAAAGACCCAGGACAAACAAGGACUGUCAGUGAGGCUGUGGCGUCCUAUGAGGAGAAAAUUAUAUUUCCCAACAUCUUCUCUGGCCUGUGGAAGCCAUAGAGCCGUUAUUGUGGUGUAAUGCCAUAUUUUCCCAUCCUAUCACAGUGUUUACCUUGGGAGUCAUUAGGAAGUGUGUGUGUCCAUGACAACUGGGAGGUUUAAGAACCUUGUGGCUGGGCCUUGAGGAAGACCUCUCUAUACCUGACUCCCCAAGUCUCCCAGGACAGCUAGUAUCUGCUCAACCUUAUCUGUUUCCUUGAGUCAGAAUAGUGUCGGGAGAUAAGUUUUUCUGUUCCUAAUGCUAAUAUAUGACUUUCCAGAUUCUCUCUUUAUGUGCUCUUCGUGAUUUCAAUCCUAUGUGUCUGUGUGAUAGGUUGAUUUGAUUAAAUCGUUGGAUGACUUAUCACCACUGAGUUCAGAGGUGUUUCUUUGACUUUGUCGCUGCACUAUGUUUGCGCCUGGCUGGCUCUAUUCAGAGAACAGUGUGGUUUGGUUAAGAACAAGGGUGGGUCUGUGACUGUUUUUAGAUUCCAUUCAAGUUCUGCAUUUGUGCGUAGAUGCAUACGUGUCUAAGUGCACGCACAAAUGCUGGUCCAUGUGUUCGUGUGUCAAGUCGGGUCAUAACCGUCCUUAAGCCGCAGAUGGGCUGCUGCUGACUGUCUGACUGUCACACACAGCCAAGCCGAUCUGUCCUACUCCUCUCAAUCUUUGUCUUCAGACACACAAAAGGCCUGGGGGAGAGAGAGGGAGACGGAGCAGGCGAGUAACUUAUACCACCAUUGUUACACAAGCCUAUGAAACCCAACACUCAUGCACCCAGGGCCAGGGGCUUCUCAAGGGUUAGGAAAAGGAGAGGAAAGAAAAUUAAAAUGUCACCUCGAAAUGUAAUCAUUCACACCUGAAUUAGAGUGAGGUAAAGCAGACGGAAUGAUUAUAGACUGAUGUGUAGCCGUGGACAUGUCUCAUAGUCUGCCUGCCUGUCUGUCGUUCCUCUGUCUUUGCUUCUGGUGCCCGGGGAGGUAAGGAGGCAGUGGACGUGAUGACUGUUUAGCAUUUAUAAUGCUUUUUAUCCAGACUCAAUCCCAGACGUAUCACACUCCUGUUACUCGGCCUUGUCAUUGUUAUUCUGGCUGGGUACUAUAGAAUAGUCAAUUCAAGUAUAGAGCUUAUUUUACCACCAAAUAUUUUUUUUGGGGGGGGAUGUGCUCACAAGACACUAAUGUGUUACCGGCUAUCUGUCUCUGAAAUCUAGCUUAAGGGUGUGAUUGCCACUGAAGCCACACAGUGUCACUUACCUGUGUGCUCUUGCUGCUUGUUUUGAGUGUGUUGUGUAUCCUAUCACACAGACACAUAGGAUUGAAAUCCUGAAGAGCACAUAAAGAGAGAAUCUGGAAAGUCAUGAGCGCCUCCAGUGUUUGUUGGAAGAUGGUGAUGAUGACUCAUGAUUUCUGUCAUUGUCCCUUCAGCUUGUUUAUUGCAAAGUCUGCAACGCAAGAAAAGGUGCGAUUUCCUUUCACAACAGCAACGGUCUCGCUUCAUUCAGUAUAGAGCCUUGACAAGAACCUACUCAGUCCUUCCAGGAUUCUGCGAUCGCAUUUGUGUGUGCAAAAUCAACAAUUCACUGCACUGUAACCGCAUAAGAGUCAAAUUAUCGCAAUAUUAUCGCAUAAAACGGACCCAUCACCACAGUCCAAAAAGAGGGCUCGCAAUUUCAAUCACUGCACAUUUACCGCAUAAUAUGGUUUAGUUAAGCCAUACGUCAACAAGCUUUUCCCUUGUCAGCUAGGUGCUGAAAACAAAUUGGCUCACUAUUUAAAAAGAAGAUUGACAACAAGCUAUUAAGGAAAAAUACUGGAGUUUUGGUGCAGGUACAGCUGACUAGCGCAAAAAAUAUGUUGCGGUAUUGUCAAAAAUAAUAUUUAGAUUUAUCGUCCAGAAUAAUAUCUCUAUGUAAGGUCAUGGCUUAGAUGUAGUGGUUUGUAUACAGGUGUGUCUCUAGGUAUGUUUGCUGUGCAUCGCAGUGCUUGAGGCGUCACUACAGACCCGGGAGUCCCGUAGGGCGGCACACAAUUGGCACAGCGUCGUACAGGUUAGGGGAGGGUUUGGCCCGGGGGGGGUGGUUUACUUGGCUCAUCACCUGCAGGCUGCCUUCGGUCCUCAGUUGAACAGUGUUUCCUCCGACACAUUGGUGCGGCUGGCUUCCGGGUUAACCGGGCGGGUGUUAAGAAGCGCGGUUUGGCGGGUCAUGUUUCAGAGGACGCAUGACUCGACCUUCGCCUCUCCCGAGCCCGUUGGGGAAUUGCAGUGAUGAGACAAGAUUGAAAUUUAAAAAAGGGCUCAUCCUCACUUUGUUUGGAGGUGAUUGGCUUAUGAGGACCAUUUAUUUUAACUGAUUGGUCCCUCUGAGUGUGUGUGUAUGGUACUGUGCCCAGUUUCUAGCUGCUGAAAGCUACACACCAUUUGCAUUGCAAAGCAGCUCUAUCCUGAUGAAACAGGUCACCACUGGCACUGCAUUGCACACUUGGCCCUCCUCUGUCUCUCUGUGCUCCGACUCUGUGCUUUCUGCGCCCACCUGACCGUUGUAUUUCACAGUGACCUUGUUUAGAUCUCUCUGUAGAGUACAUUCAUUUCCACCUUUCAAGUUUUCAGCUUCUGAGCUGUGGAUUGUUUGUUCUAUCAACACGUAUCAUGGGGAUUUAUAGGAAUGGCACUUAGAACAGCUGAUCAUCAUGUACUGAGGUGAAGUUCAGGCCACUGUCUGUCUGCUCCACUCCAGCCAGGCUUGGCCGGGACCCUGAAGCUGUCAAGGUUGCCAGAUCCAAGCACAGACUCAGUCCAGGAGGGGGAGGUUAUCCUCCCCUUUUUGUGCUAGAUAACAACCACUGGUUAUGGUCACACACACUCGAGCCUCCCGAAGACCUUUUUCCCGAGUCCCAGAGAACCUGGCAAGUGUUUUGUUGCUAAACCCAGUCAUGAGCAGCCAGAUUCACAGCCAUGGAAUUCCAUUUAUUUGGUAAUUGCUCUCUUUAUCUAAUGUUUAACAAUUUAUAGCCGUCAAACAUCCCAUUAUAAUUACAGCCCGUCAAGCAGUGACAUACUGCAGUGCAUCCCCUGUACCCCCUAGCAGUGUUUCUAGAGGGAGAAAUAACAUUUCAGUCCUCCUUAUCAGGUGUAGUAGAGGGGUACAGGAGAGGUCAGAGCUGCUUCACAGGUCAAGCUCAGAGGGGUUUAGGGGAAUUGAAUUGGGGUGAGCUGGAGCAGAUUUCCUCGUCAACAACCGAAUGGCAGUGUUCACACUGGUGAAUUUGGGUUAUUACUUUGUAGUGAAAGAAAAAUAGAGUGAUAUUCCAGAAUGGGUCCAUUUGUAUUUGGUGUCUGGGUUCACGUUGACGUGGGACAGCUGACGUUUUAGUCGUGUGUUGUCAUGCAUCACUUCAGGGUGUCAACUCGCUGAACUAGUUUCUUACUGAUCUCCGCCACUCAGAUAAGACGUUUAGCAUGUCAUCAUGGGACGUGCUCAUUAAAUAGGGGUUCAGUUAGAUUUAAUGGUCCUACAUUAUCGCCUGGGCUUUCCUGUAUCUGGUCUGAUAAGAGCAAACCUCAGUCCAUCUCAUUAGAAGUAAUCCCGCUUACUGUAGAACCCAACAAUUUCAUCCAACAAUAGGCUGCUGCUUAGACUGGCGAGGAGCAUUAUACUCCACGGUAGACCCUCUGGGCAUGUAUUAAUUAGCUAUCUGCUAUGACAUGGUUUAAAAGUUACGUUUUGGAAUGUUUGAAGUUAGUUUGUAAGUGUGUAUCCUUUCUUCUGGUCUAGCAGCAGAAGCCCUGCAAAAAAAAACAUGUUUGUAGAGCUAGCCAGGCCUAACUCAUUAUGACGACCUCCUCCUAGACCCUACGUAAAUAAAACAGCUGCCACAGCAGUCUCUGAGUUGGUAUUUGAUAAAUACAUGUAGAGCGUUUUCAAGUUGAAAACCCACCUCCCUCCCUGAUAGGGCACACCCAUGUAAAAGCAAGGGAUCGACACCAAUACUAUUCCCCCACAUGUCUCACUCCAUCUUAGUGUCACCCAACGAGAGCUGUGAAGUCUGCAGGCUGUCAUCUCAGAGUGACCUGCUGCUGGCCCUCUCUGCCUGCCCGUCACUGUCCCUCCCUCCCCCAGCCACCCUCCUCUCCUGAAAAAAACCAUUAGCGUUUGAUUGAAAGGAUCCUCAGCAGGAAGAGGGGUGCUUCCUUAAACCUUGUAAAGUGGCCACCUAAUCCUUCAAGGACUGCCAUAAAUCAGCUCAGGAUUACCAACGUUCUGCCAUGCAGCCAGCUGCUCCCCGGCCCAGUCGCUGUGCCUGUCAUCGGGCAGGGCACCAGCAGGCCACUGGCCAGGUGAUGUGGUGUGGUGCUGCCUAUCUCUAUCUCUGUCCCUGGACCCAGUGUAGGAGCUGUUAGCCUGGACCCAGGUGGGGCACGGCUCAGCCUAAUAGACCUCCUGCUCCAGGGGUGGGUGAGGCAUGAGACAGAUGGAGUUUCCUAGUCAUUUAGCCCUAGUCACUCUGUGACGCAACUUUGCCUUGAGGAGAGAUUUUCUGCCAGACAACCUGAGCCUAGGUCACAAGGAACAUAGCCCAUUAGCAUGAGGAGUGUAGCGUAUAUCACAAUACAGGUACUAAAUAGUGGUUCUGGCCCAAUUUUGACGAAACUUGGGUGAAUGAUGCAUCUUUCCAUAGAGAUCUGGCAUUUACAAAAUUGCACUGAUUGGCCCAAGGCGGGAGCUAUAGUAAUUAACUGAAAUGUGUUAGUCACUAGCAAUAUCUGUUGGCCCAAGGGGGGGGGCGCUGCAUCAUUUGUAGGGAUGACAUGUUUACUGUUGCCUUGUUUAUUAUGUGUGUGGUCCCAUAGCUACUAGACUGUAAUUAUAUUUUCUGCCCUAGACUAGAUCUAGCUCACACAGACCAUGUGACCUAGAAUUGAGGUCUCCUUGUUUAGAGGCAGGUGUAGCGUCUCACUCCUCUGCUCCAUAUCUCUGCCACUGCUUCAUGGUGUACCCUUUAUCUUCCUGGAACAUUAUAGUGAAGUGUUCUCCUUUAAACGCAACGCAUUUCAUCCUGUCUUCCUGCGAUAUUGCAUCAUUGAUUUACACCCAGGGCUUGUGUUUGUUAGCAUCAUUGUGAGCUGUUAGCGUGGCUAUUCAAGGCUGGUCGCCCAUCCAGACUCUCAGGUGACUGGCGGAAGCCGCGUCAGCAGCCCAGUCACUUAGGUUCAGUUAGGGGCCUAAAGAACCCUCUGCUAAGUUGUCUGUCAAUUCAAUGAUUCCAAUGACCUAAUGGCAUAGCUUAUCUGUGAAAUGAAGUGCUGUGUACCGGAGCUCAGGUCACCGUGAUUUACUGACUCUGUCAUCAGUCUCAGUCUGAGGGGUGAUUCAGGCUUUUUAAUGGCCGUAUAAGACUACAUCAGUGUUUGUCUCGAGCAAAAUUGCAUCCCCUCUAUAUUUAUUUUGCUGACAGUAUUGGACGGGGAGUAGGUUAUUACAAAGCAAUGAAUGACUUCACACUUGCCAGCAAGUCACAAUGAGCUGGCUUAUGAUUGGUUUACCCUCGCUGUAACCCACCUUCCCCUCUGCUCUCCACUCCAGAUGAGCGUGAAGCAGUACAGAAGAAGACCUUCACUAAGUGGGUGAACUCUCACCUGGGCCGUGUGACGUGCCGCAUCGGGGACCUGUACACUGACCUGAGAGAUGGACGCAUGCUCAUCCGCCUGCUGGAGGUGCUGUCAGGAGAACAGCUGGUCAGUAACUCACACUCUGUCCUCCUAACUCUGACUCCUGACUCUAACCCUGACCUUCCAUCACUCAUGACUCACCUUGUCGGUCCUGAACAAACCCCUCUCUCAUUCCUGCAUUCAUGUCCUCCACCCUGCUUAACAUGACAUCGGUCUUCAUUCCUAUACCCCCUUCCUCUCCCUCUGUUAUCCAUGUCUCUUUCCAUCACUCUCUCACACCAACCUGACUUCCCCCUUCUCUCUCCAGCCGAAGCCCACCAAGGGGCGUAUGCGUAUCCACUGCCUGGAGAACGUGGACAAGGCCCUGCAGUUCCUCAAGGAGCAGAAGGUCCACCUGGAGAACAUGGGCUCUCAUGACAUCGUAGAUGGAAACCACCGCCUCACCCUGGGUCUCAUCUGGACCAUCAUCCUCCGCUUCCAGGUAGCGUGUGACUCCUUGUAAUGUUCUGUACAAUGCCUUUCUGUAUGCCUUCCUAGUAGAGGGUGCUCGUGAAUAUUACCCUGCCCAGUCCUGUCCCAUUCCUCACUUCCACCUGGGUCACUCCACCCUACCCAGUCCUGUGCCAUUCCUCAACCCCACCUGGGUCACCCCACCCACUCCAAGCCCAGUCCUGUCCCAUUCCUCAACCCCAUCUGGGUCACCCAACCAUGCCCAGUCCUGUCCUAUUCCUCACCCCCUACUCCUACUCUGUUAUCUCAUCACUCAGCCUGGCUCUGGGACAUCAGGUCUCAGCAUGUUCCUGCCCCUAGGCAAAACUAAUGGGAAUAGAAGCAAUUACCACUCUUACUCUUCUCUAUUUUUACUAAUGAUUUGCCACUUGUCUUACAAGAAGCUAAAAUAACUAUGUAUGCUGAUGAUUGCACACUCUACACAUCAGCACCUACAGCCAGUGAACUUACUGAGACUCUUAGCAAGGAGUUACAGUCAAUGUUAGAAUGGGUAAUUAAGAAUAAACUGGUCUUAAAUGCAUCUAAAACCAAAGCAUUCUCUUAGACCUAAACCUCAACUGGAGUUGUGCAUAAAGGGUGUGACCAUUGAACCAGUUGAAGAAGCUGAACUCCUAGGAGUAACAUUGGAUGGUCAGUUAUCAUAGUCAAGUCAUAUUGACAAAGUCAUUGUGAAGAUAGGGAGAGGUAUGUCUGUUAUGUUCUGUGUUUUUUACACAACAAUUGUACUAGUUGUUCAGGUCUUGUCCAAGCUUGAUUACUGUCUGGUAAUAUGGUCAGGUGCAGCAAAGAAAGACCUAGCAAAGCUUCAGCUGGCUCAAAACAAAGCAGCACGCCUUGCCCUUAACUGCACACACAGAACGAACAUCAACAACAUGCAUGAUAGUCUUUCAUGGUUAAAGAAAUUGACUACUUAUUUUCUAGUCUUUUUAAGAAACAUUUGUGUGUUGAAAAUGCCUAACCACUUGUAUAAUCUAAACUCAGCAAAAAAAGAAACAUCCUCUCACUGUCAACUAAGUUUAUUUUCAGCAAACUUAACAUAUUUGUAUGAACAUAACAAGAUUCAACAACUGAGACAUAAACUGAACAAGUUCCACAGACAUGUGACUAACAGAAAUUGAAUAAUGUGUCCCUGAACAAAGGGGGGGGGGGGGGUAACAGUCAGUAUCUGGUGUGGCCACCAGCUGCAUUAAGUACUGCAGUGCAUCUCCUCCUCAUGGACUGCACCAGAUUUGCCAGUUCUUGCUGUGAGAUGUUACCCCACUCUUCCACCAAGGCACCUGCAAGUUCCCGGACAUUUCUGGGCGGAAUGGCCCUAGCCCUCACCCUCCGAUCCAUCAGGUCCCAGACGUACUCGAUUGCGAUCCGGGCUCUUCGCUGGCCAUGGCAGAACACUGACAUUCCUGUCUUGCAGGAAAUCACACACAGAACAAGCAGUAUGGCUGGUGGCAUUGUCAUGCUGGAGGGUCAUGUCAGGAUGAGCCUGCAGGAAGGGUACCACAUGAGGGAGGAGGAUGUCUUCCCUGUAACGCACAGCGUUGAGAUUGCCUGCAAUGACAACAAGCUCAGUCCGAUGAUGCUGUGACACACUGCCCCAGACCAUGACGGACCCUCCACCUCCAAAUCGAUCCCGCCCCAGAGUAAAGGCCUCGGUGUAACGCUCAUUCCUUCGACGAUCAACGCGAAUCCGACCAUCACCCCUGGUGAGACAAAACCGCGACUCGUCAGUGAAGAGCACUUUUUGCCAGUCCUGUCUGGUCCAGCGAAGGGUGGGUUUGUGCCCAUGGGCGACGUUGUUGCCGGUGAUGUCUGGUGAGGACCUGCCUUACAACAAGCCCUCAGUCCAGUCUCUCUGUCUAUUGCGGACAGUCUGAGCACUUAUGGAGGGAUUGUGCAUUCCUGGUGUAACUCAGGCAGUUGUUGUUGCCAUCCUGUACCUGUCCCACAGGUGUGAUGUGUGGAUGUACCGAUCCUGUGCAGUUGUUGUUACACGUGGUCUGCCACUGCGAGGACGAUCAGCUGUCCAUCCCGUCUCCCUGUAGCGCUGUCUUAGCCGUCUCACAGUACGGACAUUGCAAUUUAUUGCCCUGGCCACAUCUGCAGUCCUCAUGCCUCCUUGCAGCAUGCCUAAGGCACGUUCACGCAGAUGAGCAGGGAACCUGGGCAUCUUUCUUUUGGUGUUUUUCAGAAUCAGUAGAAAGGCCUCUUUAGUGUCCUAAGUUUUCAUAACUGUGACCUUAAUUGCCUACCGUCUGUAAGCUGUUAGUGUCUUAACGACCGUUCCACAGGUGCAUGUUCAUUAAUUGUUUAUGGUUCAUUGAACAAGCAUAGGAAUCAGCGUUUAAAUCAGAAGUUAUUUGGCUUUUUACAAAUUAUCUUUGAAAGACAGGGUCCUGAAAAAGGGACAUUUCUUUUUUUGCUGAGUUUAUUUGCAUACACUUCAAACAGACAUACAUACCCCACCAGACAUACUGUACAUACCCCACCAGACACACCACUAUGGGUUUCUUCACGGUACCCAAACCAAAAACAGAUUUUAUGCGUUGCUCAGUUAUGUAUAGAGCCAUGUCAUCGUGGAAUGCUCUGCGACCAAAGGUUACUCAGGCAAAAAGCAAGUUUAACUUUAAAAAAUGGAUGAACACAGCGCCUCUCCUCUUUCUAAAGAUUUAAUUUAACUGUACUGUAAAUAAGAAUAUGAAUGUGUAAAUUGUAUUUUUGUCUCUUGGUGUCUUUCCUUUAUAUAACUAUUUUUUAUUGAAUGUAAUCUUAUGUUCUUGUCUAUUACUGUUCAGGACUUUCAUGUAUUUGUAUGUUUUAUGUGGAGCUAAUGGGGAUCCUAAGAAACGGAACUAAACCACUGUUCUAUGGUAUUCUGGGACGAUUGUGGUUUCAGAGAAUGUAAAUAUUGUAAUGAUAUUUCAGUGUUCAAUAAUUUCCUCCUUUUUUAAUGACAUAAUUGCAACAACAAAAAACUCAAAACGAAUCGGUGCUAAUCUCUGCUCUCUUGUUAGACUGAAUAGAUUGGGAUUUAUCAUCAAACCUAAUAAAAAGCUGCAUGUAAGACCGAUUUCAGUGAAGUCUUAAUUACCCAGAGAGAGAGAGAGCUGGUUGAAGUUUUAAGUAGGCAGUGGGUCUGACUAAGAGGGUACUCUGUUCUGCUAACAGAUCCAGGACAUUAGUGUGGAGACUGAGGAUAACAAGGAGAAGAAGUCUGCCAAAGAGGCCCUGCUUCUCUGGUGCCAGAUGAAGACCGCUGGGUGAGAAAGGGGAGAGUGAGAGGGGGGAGAGAGACAUUUUCAAGGAUGUGCAAGCAAUGUGGAUGUAUGAUAUAAAUUAUAUGUGAAAUGAUUAGAGAUUUUAUUUUAAGAGCUUCCAGUGUUUCGAGAGUUUGGGACUAUAAUGUUCUAUCUGCAUUUAUUUCAGAAUGUAGAUAUUGACACAGCCUUGUUUUGUUCAAUGUUGUCCACUUAUAUUGUACUCUAACUAUCCCAAUUCAUGUUAAGUUCAAAAGAAUAGGAGAUAACAAUUGCUGACACCAUUCAAACCAAUUAGGGUUCGGAGAUUUAAAGCCAAUUAUCACAGAAUAAUAUUUUAGCAGAUAGAACCUUACAGUCCCAAGCUCUCGGUUUGUCAACAUCCAAAAUAACCUGGGUACUGUGUUGAGGUAAUGAUUAAUGAGCUGUGACCUUGUCUUUGCAGGUACCCCAACGUCAAUGUUCACAACUUCACCACCAGCUGGAGAGAUGGCCUGGCGUUCAACGCCAUCGUGCACAAACACAGGUCAACGACCUUCCCCUCUGUCCAUGUUGUCUGUCACACUGUAUGAAAUGCUGCAGUCACUCAUUUCAACAGUAGGCGCUGACUUUGUCCAUCACCUGACACGCUUUCUGUGUGACGUGAUAUAUUCAGUCUGUCCAAUACCGUGGCCUGUUGUACUUGCAGUGCGUUUGCGAAAUAGGCUACCUGUUAUGACACACAACCUCCCUGGGGUGACUGUAUCCCCGUUCUCUAUUUGGGUUUGACCCUUUUUCUAAACCCUCUACAGUUUGGAUAAGUGGAUACAAAUAAAUUGGAGUAAGUUGACCUAGAUAACAGAAAUAAAACCCACUUGUUUAGCAUGCAAGGCCAUGCCUGGUGACUCACCGCUGCCCUCUGCUGGUGUCUCAUACUGCAUUAAAGUGGGAGAAGGGCCUCAAUUGCAUCUGAUUUUAACAUUUAACAUUUUUUACAUUUUUAGUCAUUUAGCAGACGCUCUUAUCCAGAGCGACUUACAGUUAGUGCAUACAUUACAUUAUUAUUUGUACUUUUUAUUUAUUUUUAUAUAUAUAUAUAUAUAUAUAUAUAUAUAUUUUUUUUUUUUUCAUACCCCCCGUGGGAAUCGAACCCACAACCCUGGCGUUGCAAACGCCAUGCUCUACAAACUGAGCUACAUCCCCUGCCGGCCAUUCCCUCCCCUACCGCCCCAUGGGUCUUGACAUGACAACAACUCUAUAACAAAUGGAUUAUUCUCAUCAUCUACUCUAUAUUUCUCACCUGAGGCUCAAAGUACGAGUAGAUUGCAAUGUGCUCUGAAUGAGCUACAAGGCAAUCAUGUAAAUUCUGUCACUGCCGUUUUCCUUAUCUGAUCCUAUUCAAAGUGGAGCUGAGGGAAUGGAAGGGAUGAUUAGAAUGGGAUUGCUCUGAAUAAACGGAACAAUGUUGAAGUUGACAUGGCCCACACUUACUGAUGAAAUGCUAUCUUUACCAUAUAUAUACAGUUGAAGUCGGAAGUUUACAUACACUUCGUUUUUCAACCACUCCACAAAUGUAUUGUUAACAAACUAUAGUUUUGGCAAGUCAGUUAGGACAUCUACUUUGUGCAUGACACAAGUACUUUUUCCAACAAUUGUUUACAGACAGAUUAUUUCACUUAUAAUUCACUGUAUCACAAUUCCAGUGGGUCAGAGGUUUACAUAGACUAAGUUGACUGUGCCUUUAAACAGCUUUGAAAAUUCCAGAAAAUGAUGUCAUGGCUUUAGAAGCUUCUGAUAGGCUAAUUGACAUCAUUUGAGUCAAUUGGAGGUGUAGCUGUGGAUGUAUUUCAAGGCCUACCUUCAUACUCAGUGCCUCUUUGCUUGACAUCAUGGGAAAAUCAAAAUAAAUCAGCCAAGACCUCAGAAAAAAAAUUUGUAGACCUCCACAAGUCUGGUUCAUCCUUGGGAGUAAUUUCCAAACGCCUGAAGGUGCCACGUUCAUCUGUACAAACAAUAGUAUGCGAGUAUAAACACCAUGGGACCAUGCAGCCGUCAUACCGCUCAGGAAGGAGACUUAGGUGCAAAAAGUGCAAAUCAAUCCCAGAACAACAGCAAAGGACCUUGUGAAAAUGCUGGAGGAAACAGGUACAAAAGUAUCUAUAUCCACAGUAAAACGAGUCCUAUAUCGACAUAACCUGAAAGGCCGCUCAGCAAGGAAGAAGCCACUGCUCCAAAACCGCCAUAAAAAAGCCAGACUACAGUUUGCAACUGCACAUGGGGACAAAUAUCAUACUUUUGGACUAAUGUCUUCUGGUCUGAAAAUAGAACUGUUUGGCCAUAAUGACCAUCGUUAUGUUUGGAGGAAAAAGGGGGGAGCUUGCAAGCCGAAGAACACCAUCCCAACCGUGAAGCACGGGGGUGGCAGCAUCAUGCUGUUGGAGUGCUUUGCUGUAGGAGGGACUGGUGCACUUCACAAAAUAGAUGGCAUCAUGAGGAAGGAAAAUUAUGUGGAUAUUUUGAAGCAACAUCUGAAGACAUCAGUCAGGAAGUUAAAGCUUUGUCGCAAAUGGGUCUUCCAAAUGGACAAUGACCCCAAGCAUUCUUCCAAAGUUGUGGCAAAAUGGCUCAAGGACAACAAAGUCAAGGUAUUGGAGUGGCCAUCACAAAGCCCUGACCUCAAUCCUAUAGAACAUUUGUGGGCAGAACUGAAAAAGCGUGUGCGAGCAAGGAGGCCUACAAACCUGACUCAGUUACACCAGCUCUGUCAGGAGGAAUGGGCCAAAAUUCACCCAACUUAUUGUGGGAAGCUUGUGGAAGGCUACUCAAAACGUUUGACCCAAGUUAAACAAUUUAAAGGCAAUCCUACCAAAUACUAAUUGAGUGUAUGUAAACUUCUGACCCACUGGGGAUGUGAUGAAAGAAAUAAAAGCUGAAAGAAAUAAUUAUCUCUACUAUUAUUAUGACAUUUCACAUUCUUAAAAUGAAGUGGUGAUCCUAACUGACCUAAGUCAGGGAAUUUUUACUAGGAUUAAAUGUCAGGAAUUGUGAAAAACUGAGUUUACAGUGGGGAAAAAAAGUAUUUAGUCAGCCACCAAUUGUGCAAGUUCUCCCACUUAAAAAGAUGAGAGAGGCCUGUAAUUUUCAUCAUAGGUACAGGUCAACUAUGACAGACAAAUUGAGAAAAAAAAAUCCAUAAAAUCACAUUGUAGGAUUUUUAAUGAAUUUAUUUGCAAAUUAUGGUGGAAAAUAAGUAUUUGGUCACCUACAAACAAGCAAGAUUUCUGGCUCUCACAGACCUGUAACUUCUUCUUUAAGAGGCUCCUCUGUCCUCCACUCGUUACCUGUAUUAAUGGCACCUGUUUGAACUUGUUAUCAGUAUAAAAGACACCUGUCCACAACCUCAAACAGUCACACUCCAAACUCCACUAUGGCCAAGACCAAAGAGCUGUCAAAGGACACCAGAUACAAAAUUGUAGACCUGCACCAGGCUGGGAAGACUGAAUCUGCAAUAGGUAAGCAGCUUGGUUUGAAGAAAUCAACUGUGGGAGCAAUUAUUAGGAAAUGGAAGACAUACAAGACCACUGAUAAUCUCCCUCGAUCUGGGGCUCCACGCAAGAUCUCACCCCGUGGGGUCAAAAUGAUCACAAGAACGCUGAGCAAAAAUCCCAGAACCACACGGGGGGGACCUAGUAAAUGACCUGCAGAGAGCUGGGACCAAAGUAACAAAGCCUACCAUCAGUAACACACUACGCCGCCAGGGACUCAAAUCCUGCAGUGCAAGACGUGUCACCCUGCUUAAGCCAGUACAUGUCCAGGCCCGUCUGAAGUUUGCUAGAGUGCAUUUGGAUGAUCCAGAAGAGGAUUGGAAGAAUGUCAUAUGGUCAGAUGAAACCAAAAUAGAACGUUUUCUGUAAAAACUCAACUCGUCGUGUUUGGAGGACAAAGAAUGCUGAGUUGCAUCCAAAGAACACCAUACCUACUGUGAAGCAUGGGGGUGGAAACAUCAUGCUUUGGGGCUGUUUUUCUGCAAAGGGACCAGGACGACUGAUCCGUGUAAAGGAAAUAAUGAAUGGGGCCAUGUAUCGUGAGAUUUUGAGUGAAAACCUCCUUCCAUCAGCAAGGGCAUUGAAGAUGAAACGUGGCUGGGUCUUUCAGUAUGACAAUGAUCCCAAACACACCGCCCGGGCAAUGAAGGAGUAGCUUCGUAAGAAGCAUUUCAAGGUCCUGGAGUGGCCUAGCCAGUCUCCAGAUCUCAACCCCAUAGAAAAUCUUUGGAGGGAGUUGAAAGUCAGUGUUGCCCAGCGACAGCCCCAAAACAUCACUGCUCUAGAGGAGAUCUGCAUGGAGGAAUGGGCCAAAAUACCAGCAACAGUGUGUGAAAACCUUGUGAAGACUUACAGAAAACGUUUGACCUGUGUCAUUGCCAACAAAGGUUAUAUAACAAAAUAUUGAGAAACUUUUGUUAUUGACCAAAUACUUAUUUUCCACCAUAAUUUGCAAAUAAAUUCAUUAAAAAUCCUACAAUGUGAUUUUAUGGAUUUUUUUUUCUCAAUUUGUCUGUCAUAGUUGACCUGUACCUAUGAUGAAAAUUACAGGCCUCUCUCAUCUUUUUAAGUGGGAGAACUUGCACAAUUGGUGGCUGACUAAAUACUUUUUUUCCCCACUGUAAAUGUAUUUGGCUAAGGUGUAUGUAAACUUCUGACUUCAACUGUAUACAUACACACACACAGUACCGGUCAAAAGUUUUAGAACACCUACUCAUUCAAGGGUUUUUCUUUAUUUUUACUAUUUUCUACAUUGUAGAAUAAUAGUGAAGACAUCAAAAAUAUGAAAUAACACAUAUGGAACCAAAAAGUGUUAAACAAAUCAAAAUAUAUUUUAUGUUUGAGAUGAUUAAAAUAGCCUUCAUGACAGCUUUGCACACUCUUGGCAUUUUCUCAACCAGCUUCACCUGGAAUGCUUUUCCAACAGUCUUGAAGGAGUUCCCACAUAUGCUGAGCACUUGUUGGCUGCUUUUCCUUCACUCUCCGGUCCGACUCAUCCCAACCAUCUCAAUUUGGUUGAGGUCGGGGGAUUGUGGAGGCCAGAAUGAGUUUUUCUCCACAAAAGGGCUUUAUUACAGACAGAGAUACUCCUUCUUGGCAAAGGAGAAAUGCUCACUAACAGGGAUGUAAACAAAUUUGUGCACAACAUUUGAGAGAAAUAAGCUUUUUGUGCGUAUGGAAAAUUUCUGAGAUGUUUUAUUUCAGCUCAUGAAACAUGGGACCAACACUUGUUUCGUUUUUAUUUUUGUUAAGUGUAUAUAUGAUUCCUUUAAUUAAACUCAACACCUGUGUCCCCAUCCCCCUCCAGACCGGACGUGAUUGAGUUUGACAGCCUGAAGCGGUCCAACGCCCACUACAAUCUCCAGAAUGCCUUCAACACAGCAGAGAAUAAGCUGGGCCUCACCAAACUCCUGGACCCAGAAGGUGAGUGUGGUCAGAGCUCUGAGACAGGAAAUGGGUUGGGUUGUGUGUGCCCUCUGCCCUCCCCAAAAUGGCUAGUGGCCACCAAGACUGUGCUCCUGUCCUGUACUGGGCUAGCUGGACGCGGUGUGUGUGGAGGGAGGGAGGGAGGGAGGAUUACUGGAAUUAAUUUAAGUUUAAGCGAGAAUAAGGGCCGUGUGGUCUGGCUGGGCAUGGGGUAGGGCUUAAUGAUGCACUCUGACAUCACAGAGGAAGUCCAUACAUGGUGAGGGGUUAGCACCGCUCCGGGGCCAUCAAUCAGGGCAGAUUUAGAGAAGAGCACCGUGUGUUUUAAGUUUAAUUGACUGGGUUGAGAUGGGAGUUUAUGUGGGCGACUAUGGGUGUGUAUGGUGGGCAACUGAGUGUGUGUAUCUGUGGGUGUCUCUGUGUCUCUGUGUGUGUGUGUGUGUGUGUGUGUGUGUGUGUGUGUGUGUGUGUGCCGGUGUGGAGAGAAAAUGAUGAUCAAGUAUAAAUUAACUUCAGUGUUGAAGUUGUCCCGGUCUCUCUUUCCAGAUGUCAACGUUGACCAGCCAGAUGAGAAGUCCAUCAUCACCUACGUUGCCACCUACUACCACUACUUCUCCAAGAUGAAGGCCCUGGCUGUGGAGGGCAAGAGGGUUGGCAAGGUGGGGUACAACGGCUGUUGGCUAUUUGUGUGUGUACGCGUGUGCCUGUUACUGUCCCUGGAGCGCAUCUUACCCCUUCUCUCCCUCCCAGGUGCUGGACUAUGCCAUUGAGGCUGACCAGCUGGUUGGGAACUAUGAGAGCCUGGCGUCAGAGCUGCUGCAGUGGAUAGAGCAGACCAUUCUGACCCUGAACGACCGGCAGCUGGCCAACUCCCUGAGCGCCGUGCAGAACCAGCUGCAGGCCUUCAACACCUACCGCACCGUGGAGAAGCCCCCUAAGUAAGACAGGGAUACACCGCUGGGGGGAAUUUAAGAACUGGAAUGAUGUUCUAGAUUAGAACAUAAAUCUCAAGUUAACAGAUAUACAUUUUCCAGCAGGUUGGAGUCAUAACUGCAAAUAUUCCAUGGUAGGUAGGUGUCUGACCUGGCUGUGUGUGUUGGUGUUCCUCAGGUUCACAGAGAAAGGCAACCUGGAGGUGCUGCUGUUCACCAUCCAGAGCAAGAUGAGAGCCAACAACCAGAAGGUGUACAUGCCCAGGGAGGGCAAGCUCAUCUCUGACAUCAACAAGGUAUCACUGUCACUCUAUUGUACACCCACGGGGGGGCGGGACAAAUUCAGUUAGGUUCCUCCCCGUUUAUUCCAUUUGCUUCCGUUUGGGGUUCUGUUUGGUUCAUAGUGAACACACCCUCUGGUGACACUGAUGAUGCCUUAUAUCACGUGUUCCAGUUACUCCCUGUUUAAAUACAUGACUAGAGUAGAGCUUUAAUAAACACCAGUUGACCCUACAGGCCUAUAGGAUCAUGAAUAACACCCCUGGUUUAAGGGACCGCUCUGACUUGCUGUGUUGUGAUUGGCUCUGCAGGCGUGGGAACGCCUGGAGAAGGCGGAGCAUGAGCGGGAGCUGGCACUGAGGAACGAGCUGAUUCGCCAGGAGAAGCUGGAGAUGCUCGCCGCUCGUUUCGACCGCAAGGCCGCCAUGAGGGAGACCUGGCUGAGCGAGAACCAGCGGCUCGUCUCUCAGGUAACACAAACACAUACCAAUUCACACCCCUGCCCUUGAACUGGUAAUAUAUUCAAAAUGGGAAGACAGGCGAGGAAGGAUGGCAGUUAUAUUGUCUGUCUCCCAGUUGUCCACAGCCCAGAGAUGACAGUAAUCAUAAGUGAUGGUUGUGAUGACUUUAUUUUGAUGGAGUGGACAGGCUGUCCUGCAGACAAGCCAUUAUAAUUAUCUCAGUAAUGCAGGGGGGAGGGAUUAUCUAAAUGAACACAGAUACAACCAUGAUUUAUUCAGUAGCUUAUCACUGUCAUAAUUGCUGCUGUCAUGAUGUUAUUUAAUAGGCUACCAUUGUAUGCAUUUGAACACGCUGACCCUUUCUAUCACAGAUCAUUUCAUGACCAAUGCACACAUUGUUGUCCUUUUUCUUUUGACCUCAAACUGUCCUCUUGUCCCUCAGGACAACUUUGGCGUGGACCUGGGAGCGGUGGACGCUGCGACUCGUAAACACGAGGCCAUCGAGACAGACAUCGGGGCGUACGGGGAGCGUGUGGCGGCCGUGGAGGCGGUAGCCAGGGAGCUGGAGGCGGAGAACUAUCAUGACGUGCGCCGUGUGCUGGCGAGGAGGGACAACGUGCUGCGGCUUUGGGAGUACCUGAAGGAGCUGUUAGCCGCUCGCAGGGAGAGACUCAACGCACACCGAGACCUGCAGAGACUGCUGCAGGAGAUGAGAUACAUCAUGGACUGGAUGGGAGACAUGAAGGUACUGAAACAUAUCCACAUGCCAACUCUGCAAACCCAAUAUUCUCCCAGUGUAGAAUAUGUACACUUGGUCAUGGUCAACCGUCUGUAAUCCUGUACAUUUCACACUAUCAACCCUGCAUGCCAGUCCAAACUCAAAUGACUCCUUUCAAAAUGGCUACUACUCCUGGGUGUAAUGGGUUUACAGAGGUUGACUGAGGUAGUCCUGACUGGGAGAGUCUGGCAGAAUACAGUCUGACAGUGUGUUCUUAGCUCUUGGCCUCAGCUGAUUCCCUUUACCCUGCCUACCUUAAAGGGGAUACUUCGGAAUUUUGGCAAUGAGGCCCUUCAUCUACUCCCCCAGAGUCAGAUGAACUUUGGAUACCGUGGAUACCAUUUGUGUGUCUCUGUGUCCAGUAUGAAGGAAGUUAGAGGUAUUUUCCCUAGCCAAUGCUAACUAGCCAAGCGUUAGCGCAGUGACUGGAAGUCUAUGGGUAUCUACUAGCAUUCUAGCAGAUACCCAUGGACUUCCAGUCAUUGCGCUUCAGAGAGAUGUUAUUGUGAUUCAGAGUGCCUUACCUCAUCAAUACCAAAGAUAGAUAAAGUCUCACUUAUCAGUCAGCACAAAAGCUGGCCCCUCAUUUACGAUAUUGACGCCUUGACUUAAUCUAUCUCUCUUAGUGACUGCUGCAACUAUGUAUUUUACUAAUGCUCCCUACCAUUAGCAUCUCAUUUGCAUCUCAUUAGCGGCAUGAAUGAACUACUUGCAAUCCAGACAUGGUGAAUGAAUGUGUUUCUAACCUCUUCCUGCUCUGUGCUCUCUCAGGGUCGUCUGCAGUCCCAGGACAGUGGGAAGCACCUGCACGAUGUGGAGGACCUGCUGCAGACUCACAACCUGGUGGAGGCAGACAUCUCAGCCCAGGCAGAGGGUGUCCGCGGGGUACAGGGAGCCGCUCAGCGCUUCAGCUCCGACGAACAGGGUGAGAACAGACCUGCGCACACUCACUAAUAUACACUUGACAGUUAGUUACUGUGUAAGUAUGAUUAUGGUAACGAUUACAUUCAACGACUAUAUGCAGCUUUCAUGCAUCACAUAACUUAUGAGUAGGACGGAAUGUAUUAAUUUAUUUGGAUGCCUCUUCACUGAUAACCAUUUAGCUAAUUCUCCUUAUCUCUCUCAGUCUACAAACCGUGUGAGCCGGCGCUGGUGGGAGAGAAGGUGUCUCAGCUGGGCCGGGCCUAUGAGGAGCUGGGCCAGCUGGCUGGGGAGCGGAGGGUGCGCCUCGAGGAUUCACGGCGCCUCUGGCAGUUCCUGUGGGAGCUGGGAGAGGAGGCGGCCUGGAUCAGAGAGCAGGAGCAGAUCCUGUCUGGAGGAGACUGUGGCCGCGACCUCACCUCCGCCCUGCACCUCCUCAGUAAGCACGAGGCCUUCAGGGACGAGAUGGCAGCCCGCUACGGCCCUCUGGGCCACAGCAUCGCCGCCGGACAGACCCUGGUGGAGGAGGGACACUUUGGAGCCCCAGAGUGCACUGAGAGGAUCAGGGACGUCCGCGCUCAGUGGGCACACCUGGAGGAGGUGAGCAGGAAUGGGAAAGGAGUCUGGAGAGAAAAAAUGGAUUGAUCAAUUUCAGAAGUUGUUCCUCCUGUUUAUAUACUGAUUCCUUCUCUCCCCCUCCAUCCCCAGACGUCCCAGCUGAGGGAGCAGCAGCUGAAGGAGGCGGUGGCCUUGCACCAGUUCCAGACGGACGCCAAUGACAUGGAGGCCUGGAUCCUGGAGACGCUGCGCCAGGUAUCCAGCCAGGAGGUGGGCCACGACGAGUUCUCCACACAGACCUUGGCCCGCAAGCAGAGGGAGGUGGAGGAGGAGAUCCAGAGCCACCGCACCCUCAUCGACUCCCUGCACGAGCAGGCCCUCGGCCUGCCCCUGGUCCAUGCAAACUCCCCUCAGGUCAGUUACCCCAGGAACAGCAUAACAACACUCACUACACUAGGCUAGUGCACCAUGCUGUUUCUCCCUCUAUUGCUCUCUCUCUCACUCUCACACAAACAAACACUGGCCAUACAUAUUACAUAGACUCUCAAUGUCUCCCAUUUAAGUGAGACAUAUUCUAUUUAUCGCUCCGGUUUUGUAUUCCUUGCCUUGUUAUUGACUCUGCUCGGAGGAGCGUCUUCUAACUGAGUGGUUGCGGCUGUGUGUAGGUAGAGGGUCGUCUGCCUGCCAUACAACAGCGUUACCAGGAGCUGGAGUCUCUGUCCGCGUCACGGCGACAGGCCCUGGAGGGGGCGCUGGCCCUCUACCGCAUGUACAGCGAGGCGGGCGCCUGCCAGCUGUGGGUGGGGGAGAAGGAACAGUGGCUGGACGGCAUGCAGAUCCCCACCAAACUAGAAGACCUGGAGGUGGUGCAGCAGAGGUGAGCUGAAUAUGGGAGGCGUGUUUUGCAUGGUAGGAUAGGAAGAAAGCGGUGCUCUGAUUUUAAAUAGCCUUUUAAUUAUUCAUAUUGAUCUUUGUACUCUGAUCAUUGUGCUUCGUUAAGUGGAGUGGAUAUCAAACUGAAUCUCUCUCUCCUUUUUGCAGUACAGAUGUAAAAUCAGGUCGGUUUUUUUGUGGAAUGUCAGAACAGCGUUUGAGUGAUAGAAGCUCUUCCUAUGAUAAUAUUUCCCUUCUAAUCUCCAUUGUAGAGACAAAGCGAUGGAAAUAUGAGUGGGAAUAUGAGACAGAGUGUUUGAUGUACAUCUGUGUGUGGCUGCAGGUUCGAGACCCUAGAGCCUGAGAUGAACAACCUGGGGACUCGUAUCGCUGAUGUCAACCAGGUGGCCCAGCAGCUGCUGGGAUCAGACAACCGCAGCAAAGAGCAGAUCCACCAGACACAAGACCAGCUCAAUAACAGGUUAGUAGUACUCAACAUCAUGCCUCUCAGACAUGCAAAUACACUGUGUAUUUGAGUAUCUGAUAUUUAAUAUAAUUUGAGUAUUUUCAAAUACACAGCCCAAAACAAGUACUUUUAUUUGAGUAUUUGAAUGGUUAUUUGUAAGAACCAAAUAGUCUACCAAAUUGUAUUUUAGAGAAUUUUCAAAUACCUGGGUGAAAUGCAUUGGUGUGUGUUUGAGUCAGUGUAUUUGAGUAUUUUCAAAUACAUUAAAAUGUUCAACUACUAUCUGAAUACUUACUUUGAGAUAUUUGAACCCAGGUCUGAUACACUCGCAUGAAAAACCCUCUGAUACAUAGCCAAUACACUGUAUGAAGUGAGCACUGGGAACAGGUAAUUGAGACUUCCCAUUGCUCUGGUCCUCAGGUGGAAGGAGUUCCAGCGUCUGGCGGACCAGAGGAAACAUGCCCUGGAGUCGGCCCUCAACAUCCAGAACUACCACCUGGAGUGUAACGAGAUCCAGACCUGGAUGAGAGAGAAGACCAAGGUGAUAGAGUCCACCGAGAGCCUGGGCAACGACCUGGCUGGUGUCAUGGCCCUGCAGCGCAAACUCACCGGCAUGGAGAGAGACCUGGAGGCCAUUCAGGUACGGCAGGGGCAGGGAGACGGGUCAAAGGUUAUGGAGGUGGACAAAGGUAAACCACAGCAUCAGAUAAUGUUUUAUAGGGAUGAUCAGUUGAGUCAUUAAUUGGUUCACAUCAAUACUUUGUAUCAUUUUAUGCCAUAUGAUGUUGCUGACACCAUUGUUUAUUUUCUAUAUCUUUUCAGGGUAAGUUGGACGACCUGAGGAAGGAGGCAGAGAAGCUGGCUGAGGAGCACCCGGACCAGGCAGAGGAGAUCCUUGCCCACCUGGGGGAGAUCCAGGAGGUGUGGCAGGAGCUCAACGCCACCAUGAAGCGGCGUGAGGAGUCUCUGGGCGAGGCCAGCAAGCUGCAGGGCUUCCUCAGGGACCUGGAUGACUUCCAGUCCUGGCUGUCCCGCACCCAGACUGCCGUGGCCUCCGAGGACAUCCCCACCUCACUGCCAGAGGCUGAGUGCCUGCUCACCCAGCACGAGAGCAUCAAGAACGAGGUGGACAACUAUAAGGAGGACUAUGAGAAGAUGCGGGCAGUAGGCGAUGAGGUGACCCAGGGCCAGACGGACGCCCAGUACAUGUUCCUGGCCCAGAGGCUGCAGGCGCUGGACACCGGCUGGCACGAGCUGCGCCGGAUGUGGGAGAACCGCCACAGCCUACUGGCCCAAGCCUUCGACUUCCAGACCUUCCUGAGGGACGUCAAGCAGGCUGAGGGCUUCCUCAACAGCCAGGUGAGGACCAGGACACCAGUGAAGAAGAAUCAAACACAUCUAUUGUCUAUCUUGAUGAUGUUACUAAUAGUUCUCUCUCCCUCUCUCCCUCUGUAGGAGUAUGUGCUGUCCCACACUGAGAUGCCCUCCAGCCUGCAGGGGGCAGAGGAGGCCAUCAAGAAGCACGAGGACUUCCUGACCACCAUGGAGGCCAGCGAGGAGAAGAUCACAGGCGUGGUGGAGGCCGGACGCCGCCUGGUCAAAGACCUUAAUGCCAACUCUGACAAGAUCCAGGAGAAGGCCGACUCCAUCCAGGAGAGACAUCAGAAGAAUAGGGAAGAUGCAAAUGAACUCCUGUCUAAACUGAAGGACAACCGUGAACUUCAGCACUUCCUGCAGGACGGACAGGAGGUACGAAUCGCCAACUAACUUGUUCUAUAAUAAUGGUGGUGUGAUUCACUGUUUGUCUUGUAGUCAGAAGAAGAAAACAAAUCAGUAUUCAAAGGAAUUCACCUGAGGCACAUGCAUUGAGUAAAAUCAUUCUCCUCUCUCUCUCUGCAGCUGACUCUGUGGAUCAAUGAGAAGAUGCUGACAGCUCAGGACAUGUCGUACGACGAGGCCAGGAACCUCCACAGCAAGUGGCAGAAACACCAGGCCUUCAUGGCUGAGCUGGCCUCCAACAAAGACUGGCUGGAUAAGAUUGAUAAGGUAUGAUCAUAAAACGAUUAUUCUAUGAAAAGAAUAAGUGGAAAAAGAAGUCAGAAAGAUGUGGGUGCCAGUAUUCUGACCCCUUUCCCCAUGCCCCUGUUAGGAGGGCCUGGCCCUAGUGACAGAGAAGCCGGAGCUGCAGCCUGUAGUCCAGCAAACUCUGGAGGGCCUGCAGAGCCAAUGGGAAGAGCUAGAGAACACGACUCGCACCAAGGCUCAGUGCCUCUUCGAUGCCAACAGGGCGGAGCUCUUCACCCAGAGCUGCUCUGCCCUGGACGUGUGGCUGAAGAACCUGUCAGGACAGCUGCAGAGCGACGACUUCGGCAAGGACCUGACCUCCGUCAACAUCCUGCUCAAGAAGCACCAGGUGAGUGACAAUAUACUGUCUAAGCCAAGCACCAUUUUUAUCACCAAGUUCUCAGUUGUCAUACUCCUUUGUGACCAUUUGAAAGGAGAAGUGUCCCUAUCAAAAUAAAAGAGCACAUGCUUACCUCCUCGUCCCUGUGUAGAUGCUGGAGCACCAGAUGGAGGUGCGUGAGAAGGAGGUGCAGUCGCUGCAGUCCCAGGCCCUGGUGCUGUCCCAGGAGGAUGCUGGUGUGGCUGUGGUGGAGGUGGACAGCCAGCAGAGACGUGUCACUGACAGCUUCUCCCAGCUCCAGGACCCCCUCAACCAGAGGAGGCAGCAACUGCUGGCCUCCAAGGAGGCCCACCAGUUCAACAGAGACCUGGAGGAUGAGAUUGUGAGUGGGACCACCUGACUCUAAAUACAGAGAUGUUGUACAGAAUCGUCAUCGUCUUUUAAUGCACUUUUUCCUCCGGUCUGUCUGUCAAUUAGCUAUGGGUGAAGGAGAGGAUGCCCCUGGCCACAUCUACAGACCAUGGGAAGGACCUGCCCAGUGUGCAGCUGCUCAUCAAGAAAAACCAGGUACACAGAUGAGGGAGGAAUUUAGGGAAGAGUCUGGACAGUAGGAGGGAAAAUAAUGGAACCCUGGAAAGGAGAUGUUGCAUUUGGCUAAACCUUUGUUUUGUCUCCCAGACUUUGCAGAAGGAGAUCCAGGGCCACCAGCCCCGUAUUGAUGACAUCCAGACCCACCGCCGGGGGAUGUCCCCAGGGCAGGAGGAGGUGGACGGGGAGAGGCAGUCUGCUCUGGAGCGCCGUCUGGUGGAGCUCCGGGACUCCUGGGCCCAGCUCAUCGCUGAGACAGACGAGCGCCAUGCCCGGCUGGUGGAGGCUAACCGCGCCCAGCAGUUCUACACUGACGCUGCUGAGGCCGAGGCCUGGAUGGGAGAGCAGGAGCUACACAUGAUGUCAGAGGAGAAGGCCAAGGUGGGAGGAGAGACAGGCGGAAGUUAAGCGCUAUCUGUGUUAAUGAUGAUGCUAAAGAUGUCCAUUCUGCACACAUUCUGGCUUAAUGGUGCUAACUCCAUCUCUGUAACGUGUGUGACCCAGGAUGAGCAGAGUGCUCUGGUGAUGGUGAAGAAGCACCAGACGCUAGAACAGGCCCUGGAGGACUACGCCCAGACCAUCCACCAGCUGGCCAACAGCAGCCGUACCAUGAUGACCAGUGAACACCCCGAGAGGUGAAGGGCACAGGGGUUAACGUGGGGGUGGGGGGCAGUUAAUAGCUAAAUACAUCAAACUAAUGCCACUUCACAAUAUUAUUUAACUACAGUCACAAUGUCUCUCUGUCAUUACAACUGGCCUGACUCUCUCUCUCUCAUUCCCCACUAUUAGCGAGCGUAUUAACCUACGGCAAGCCCAGGUGGACAAGCUGUAUGCAGGGCUGAAGGACCUGGCUGAGGAGCGUCGUGGGCGUCUGCAGGAGAGGCUGAGGCUGACCCAGCUGAAGAGAGAGGUGGACGACCUGGAGCAGUGGAUCGCUGAGAGGGAGGUGGUGGCCGGAUCCCAUGAGCUGGGACAGGACUACGAACAUGUCACCGUGAGUGGCCUUCCUUUUACUUACUCAUACAUUCAAACACAUACACAGGCACUAAUUGCUCACCAACAAUUGUUUUCUUCUGUCAGCUACCUUCAGGAAGUAUGAUAAUAACCUGUGAUUGUUAUCCAUAAAUGAAUCCUCUCUCCUCUCAGAUGCUGCGGGACAAGUUCCGUGAGUUUGCUCGGGACACCAGCAACAUCGGCCAGGAGCGCGUGGACGGCGUUAACGGUCUGGCCGAUGACCUCAUCGAGUCGGGUCACCCUGAGAACGCCAGCGUGGCGGAGUGGAAGGACGGUCUGAACGAGGCGUGGGCCGACCUGCUGGAGCUGAUCGACACACGCACCCAGAUGCUGGCCGCCUCCUACGAGCUGCACCGCUUCCACCAGGACGCCCGCGAGGCUCUGGGGAGGGUCCGGGAGAAGAAGGAGGCGCUGCCAUCUGACCUGGGCCGUGACCUCAACACCGUCCAGCACCUCCACCGACAGCACACCGCUUACGAGCACGACAUCCAGGCCCUUAGCGGACAGGUAUGCUGCUGCUCUUUUAAACUCCUGGCUGCACAAUGAAUUCCCCUUUGGGACAAUAAAGAUAUUGCAUUAAAUUGGAUUAACUUGGCACCAUACCACGAGAGUACAGGGAUACUUACAGAAACACCAGUGGGAGAAAUAAUGUUAUUAUACGCACUUUUGCACACCAUCCCAAAGUAGAAUAUUAGAAUUAAUGCAUUGUAAGGGCUGCUUUUCAGACUCAUACUGGGGGUAUCAGAAAUGUGUCAGAGCACAUAAGGUGGCAAGUUAAUGGUUUUCAGGAUGCGUUCUGACCCGUCUGCCCCCUCCACCCCCAGGUGAACCAGGUGCAGGAUGACGCAGCGCGGCUGCAGAAGGCCUACGCUGGGGAGAAGGCUGAGGAGAUCCACCGGAGCGAGCACUCUGUCACUGAGGCCUGGGAGGGUUUGCUGGGGGCCAGCCAGGCUCGCCGACACCUCCUGCUGGACACCGUGGAGAAGUUCCGCUUCGUCAACAUGGUGCGUGACCUCAUGCUGUGGAUGGACGGGGUCAACCUGCAGAUCGACGCCCACGACAGCCCGAGGUGAGACCUGACCAUAUCUCUGUUAUGCCAUUGUUCUCCAAUGUUGGUUUUAUUAAGGUUUAACCCUGUCUUCCCCCCCACCCUCCCCAUCCUCUCUCUCUCUGUCAGGGACGUGUCCUCUGCAGGGCUGGUCAUAGCCAACCAUCAGGACAUCAAGUCCGAGAUCGAGACCCGGGCAGACAGCUUCACCACCUGCAAUGAGAUGGGACACUCUCUCAUCAACAACAACCACUAUGCAGCUGAUGAGGUAUGGGCCAUGUCACCGUUACAUCACAUACUGUACACACACUCCAAUCAAUCACACACACACAAUUGGAUUUAGUCAAGGGAUUAGGACAAAAGCUCAUGUAAAAGGUGUGUUUAUGCAAAUCAAAUUUUGUCACAUGCUACGUAAACAACAGGUGUAGACUAACGGUGAAAUGCUUACUUACGGACCCUUCCCAACAAUGCAGAAAGAAAAAUAUAGAAAAAUAAUAACAUGAUAAAUACACAAUGAGUAACGAUAACAUGGUUAUAUACACAGGGUACCAGUACCGAGUCGAUGUGCAGGGGUACGAGGUAAUGGAGGUAGAUAUGUACAUAUAGGUAGGGAUAAAGUGACUAGGAAACAGGAUAGAUAAUAAACCGUAGCAGCAGCGUAUGUGGUGAGUAAAAAGAGUUAGCAGAGAGAACAGUCUAUGGCUUGGGUGGUUGGAGUCUUUAACGAUUUUCUGGGCCUUUUCACACCGUCUGAUAUAGAGGUCCUGGAUGGCAGGGAGCUCGGCCCCAGUGAUGUACUGGGCUGUCUGCACCACCCUCUGUAGCGCCAUGCGAUCCAGGGCGGUGCUGUUGCCAUACCAAGCAGUAAUGCAACCAGUCAAAAUGCUCUCAAUGGUACAGCUGUAGAUCUUUUUGAGGAUUUGAGGGCCCAUGCCAAACCUGUUCAACCUCCUGAUGUUGUCGCGCCUGCUUCAUGGGCGGGUGUGUGGACCAUUUUAAGUUCUUAGUCUUACUGACAUUGAGGGAGAGGUUGUUGUUCCGGCCCCACACUGCCAGGUCACUGACGACCUCCCUGUAGGCUGUCUCAUCGUCGCCGGUGGGCAUUGUCCCCGAGUGUGUAUUGUGGCUUAUGCAGCUUGUUCAUGUGAUGUUAUUGACGUGCCUGUUGACUAUCCCAUAGAUCCGGGAGAAACUGGACCAGCUGCAGGGCAAGAGGGACGAGAUCAACAACAAGUGGCAGGACAAGAUGGACCACCUCCAGAUAGGUAUGUGGACUUCAGGGUGUGUUGUUUUUUGUUCAUUUGUUUGUGUUAGUAUGUUUUAGCACGCGAGUGUUAGUUAGGGUGUUUGGUAUGUGUUUCAGCUGUGUUUUGUGUUUUUCAUGGUUACUCAUUCUGUUCUCUGUCUCAGUUUUGGAGGUGCUGCAGUUUGGCCGGGAUGCGUACGUGGCAGAGACAUGGCUGGCAGGCCAGGAGCCCCUGGUGCGGGGGGCAGAGCUGGGCUCUAAACGUGGACGAGGUGGAGAGCCUGAUCAAACGCCACGAGGCCUUGGAGAAGCUGGCCGUCGGCUGGGAGGAACGCUUCACCCUGCUGGAGAAACUCACCACGGUGAGGGGGGGGGGGGGGGCAGAUGGGAAGGUGGUGGGUUGGACCUUGGCAGGAGUUGGGAGAAUGCAUGGACUUGGCAUUGUUAGGAAGGUAGGGUAAUGUCUCCUCCAAACAGCCACUAACCUGGGCUUCCAUUUCAGCUGGAGGAGCAGGAGAUCCAGAGGAGGAGGGAGGAGGAGGAGAUCCAGAGGAGGGAGGAGGAGGAGAGGACGAGACGAACCCCCACACCACCCCUGACAGAAGAGGUGGCCCCGUCUGAGGCCGAAACACAUGAUGCCAGGUAAGACUGGAGGGAAUCCUAGUAACCAGAGAUAUUUGAUGCCCCCCCCCCCCCCCCCCCCUCAAUGUCGUUCUCAAGCUCAUUCCCCCUUCUGUGUAACCCAGGACCAGCCUAGACCAGACCACACUGAACCAGUCAGUAUCAGUGAAUGGAGUCCACAGCGACCAAGACACCUCACAGGUGAGAGGGAACAUUGAGAGAGAGCUUAUCUAUAUUGAGUCAUACUGUAUCUAAUCAAAGGUUCUUACCUCCUGUUUAAUACACUCAAAUUAAACUACUGACUGAAAUAUUUCCAGAUUUUCACCUCAGUAUAAAAUGUUUUUUCAUGUUUUAUGUCAUGUUCCUCUUCAUGUUGUCCUGUCCAUAUAUGUUUGAGGAGAUUUGAAUGAAAGAUUUUAAAUGUUCUAUGUGUGAGAAUGUAAUGUAUUUGACACAACUGAAGCCAAACCUGUAAGUACAUGUUAGACGUGAGUCACAGUUUUCCCGUUUAUGAUAUAUAUGUGUGUCCCUUUGUCGUGUGUGUGUCAGGGUCUGUUUCAAAAACAUUAGCAUAGGGUAGCAUGCUAUCUCCUAGCACAAGGACUUCUUAACAAUUACUUGUUGCGUCUUUACCUGCAGUCAUUAUCAGUAUCAUCAGUGUCAGUGGAAAAGAAAGAGAAACGUGAACCUGUCUCUAAACCUGUGUCUAAGCCAAAGCAUCCGCUGCGUGUGAGUACCUAUCCUAGCCUAGCUUCCUCAUCCCACCCCCCAUCACUGCCUGCGCUCAGCUCCUGCGCUACUGCAGUACCUCCGCAUGACCUACUAGAGGGCGCCAUCGUCCUCUGGCACUGCUGUGCCAUUGCUUUAUUUGAUUUUGAGAACACACACAGUCCCAUUGCUGUUGAGGCAUUCAUGUCUCACACAGAUUCAUGAUAUAAUUUGGUGUCUACAGAAGCAUCAUAGGCUUUCAAGCCUUUCUGGGUGCUGUUCCAUUUGUACCCAUCUUCAAAAUGACCAGGACAUGAGUGUUUGUAAGAGGACCAGUAGUUUCAGUUCUAAGCCGUUUGUUAGUAUGAUGUGAUGAUUGUUGUCCCUAGAUAGCAGGUCCCUGGGUGGGGUGUGCCUAGCUUGGUGGGGUUGUUUUGUUUUUGUUUUUGGGUGUUAGUAGGAAAAGGGUUUUGGACGAGAGGAAAUGUUGAUUUCCUUUCAAAUUGAAUUUGUUGUUUUGCCAGGAAACAAAGAAAACAAUGCCACACCCCCUCUAUAAACGUUUGAGCACAAAGCAAGCAUGUAUCAUAGCAACAUUAUGAGAACGCUUUCUGCUGCAUUUGUCAUGUUCCAGUAAGGAUGUGGGUUGACCCUCCAUCUGUGGGGUUGGAGCUGUUCUCCAUGUGUCUGUCGUCUGUUAGAUUGUCUCUGUGUAGUCCUGUAUGUGUUUUCUACAUCCUGUUCAAAGCUACCAUAUAAUGCAUAUGGAUAUGGCCAUUUAGCAGUUGUCUCUAAAGCGUUGAUCAUUUUGUCAAGUUCAGACAGACAGUCAAUGACUGGUAUUACGCCGUAUUAGACCGCAGCGGUCUAAGUCACUGCAUCUCAGUGCUUGAGGCGUCACUACAGACCCCCUGGUUCGAUUCCAGGCUGUAUCACAACCGGCCGUGAUUGGGAGUCCCAUAGGGCAGCGCACAAUUGGCCCAGUGUCGUCCGUGUUGCCGGUGUAGGCCGUCAUUGUAAAUAAGAAUUUGUGCUUAACUGACUUGCCUAGUUAAAUAAAGGUUAAAAAAUAAUAAUUAGAAUCGUUGUGUUCAUGUGUCCUGGCUGCCAUGUGUCUUGGAUGACAGGGUUCUGAGUCUGACUCUGUGAAUGGUCCGGGGAGAGACAGCGGGCUGGCGUCUUCACGACUGGACCCGUCUGCCACGCUACACAGCAAGGGAGAUGACACCGGCACAGACGCCAUGGAGGGCAUGCUCUACCGCAAGCAGGAGAUGGAGUCGCAUGCCAAGAAGGCAGCUAGCAGGUGAGACAUCGGGACGGCAGUGGGGCAGGGGGCAUGGAGGGGCAUCUUGGAGUGAGAGUGGGAGUACCCUGAAGGGUAAAUGGUGAGCCCUAGUUUAUAUAGACUCAUCUGUUGAAGGAUAGGAUUAAUAUAAGCAAAGGCAAUAUCAACAUAAGAAGUUAAAUAGAUGUAGGAUUUUUGGAAUGUGUAUUCUAUUGAUUAAGAAAAUAGUAUUUUGUGUGUCGCCAUGAACUCUUUGAUGUCUCUAACCUAUUCAGGCGCAUGCCUGCGUGCCUUCCGCCAACAGCUUCUCUCUCUCUUCCCAUAGGUCCUGGCAGAAUGUGUACUGCGUUCUGCGUAAGGGCAGCCUUGGCUUCUACAAGGACCAGAAGAGCGCCUCCAACGGGAUCCCCUACCACGGAGAGGUCCCCAUCAGCCUGGGAGAGGCUGUAUGUGAGGUGGCACACGACUACAAGAAGAGGAAACACGUCUUCAAGCUACGGUGAGAGGAGAGGGAGAGGAAACAUGACGGUUUGAAUAGAGAAUAGUCUUGUAAACUAAACUAAAUAUCAAGGGAUUGUGAUGUGCAUCUAUACUGACCCAACUUUUCUCUUCAAUGUUGUGUGUGCAGGCUAGGGGACGGUAAGGAGUUCCUGUUCCAAGCUAAAGAUGAGGUGAGUGUCACAUUUCAAACCAAACCAGAUUCUGAUGCUCCUCUGGUGUUUUCCCCCUAGUGAGGACUAACCCUGUGUUGUCUGUCCCAGCCGGAGAUGGCCUUGUGGAUCCGCUCCAUUCAUAGCUCCAUCCCAGCAGGGUCAGGAGACCGCUCCCCUGGAGGCCCCAGGGCCCUGAGCCGAGCCAUGACCAUGCCCCCCAUCUCCCCCAGCUCAGCAGAGGCUGCAGGGGUCACCAUGCGCAACAAGGAGGGCAAAGAGAAGGACCGCGAAAAGAGGUUCAGCUUCUUUGGCAAGAAGAAAUAA